AUGGACCUCCCUGGGGACGAGUUCCCACCGGGAGCCGAGGAUGAAUGGCUGGAAAUGAUGGAGAGAAGCUUCAAUGAGCCUGAAACUAAACCUACAGACAGGUAACAGUGCAAUACACAUGUCACCAUCACCCUGGGGGAACUACACUGCUAACUGUGCUAAUUACCAUGCUACAAUUAAUCCCACUUAUUAUUAAUAUCAUUAUUAUUAUUAUCAAUAUUAUCAUUACUAUUAUUAUCAUUACCAUUAAUAUUAUAAUUAUUAUCAUUAAUAUUAUAUUAUUAUCAUCAUUAAUAUUAUCAUUACCAUUAUUAUUAUCAAUAAUAUCAUUAAUAUCAUUACUAUUAUCAGGUUCUAAAUGGCAAAUAAUAUCAUGCAGUACUGAGUGAUAACCUGUGGUUGCAUUAUAAAUUGAAUUGAUACCAUGCAGUACAGAGGGAUAACUUCCCUGCGGUUGCAUUAUAAAUUGAAUUGAUAUCAUGCAGGACUGAGGGAUAACCUCCCCGUGGUUGCAUUAUAAAUUGAAUUGAUGUCAUGCAGUACAGAGGGAUAACCUGUGGUUGCAUUUGUUGCGGAGCUGCAAUAUUAAAUCCCAAUAUCUCCGCUGGUAAAGAAAGUAAUCCAAGUUAAGCGCUGAAAAUGAAGGCAAUAUCCCAAAUCCCCCCAGUUACUGUACGAAACACAGUUCUGGGAGUCAACUGAGGUUUUUAUUCACAAGCUCCAGUAUUUAUGUGGUUCCCCAUGCAAGGGGUUUCCUUAAUCACUUUACAGGGGUUACACAGUAGAGGACUACAUGGGGAACUGAACAUGCAGGAAAUUUUUCCCACCAUGCCCUGCUGUACGAGAUGGAUACUCACACAAGAAUAUCCUGCUAAGUGAAUUAUCCCUCCGUACACCAGAACCGGCUUUUCACAUAAAAGUCUGUAACUUAUACUUUAUUCGUGCCAUUGUACCGAAUGACCGAUCGGCAGAUAACUGGAGUCUGAGCGCAUACUUUGUGAAAGUACCGCUCAGAUCCCAGCACAAUUAACCGAACGCCGCACAAAAUACAUUUUAACAACAAUUCUUCAGAAAAGUCACUAAUGCAUAGGUUGGGAGAAAGUACCGAAAGACCGGCGCUCCCGAGCGGCCUGGAAGUCCAGCGGUGUUCGUGCCGUCGAGUAGCCGAUUUUAGUUCCAGGCACUCGAUGACCAAACACCUCUGGGCUAAAAGGAAAUCCAAGAUGGCCGCCGCCGCGUGGUCGGUAUCCGAACGACGGCCACCCUGGGAAUCAAUUAGCAGCCGAUAGAUACAUUGUUGCAAUUGUGGGUCUCGCAGGAUGCUCCAUAGACCUCAAUCCUGUACUAUCGCGCAUGCACGAGAGUUUAGCACUGGUGUCGGCUUUUGGCAGCUGAAGUGCCAGUAGCUGAAGAAGAGUGUCAGGAAGAUGACAGCUGCACAUGCGAGGGACAGGUUCAGUGAAAUAUAUCUCAACUUUGCCUGUUUUUUUUCAAGGUGUUUGAGUAACCCGUUCAGUAUUUAGAAUAAAUAAAAAUAUGACUGAGAGGGGAAACAAGAUAAUAUACUGACACAUUACACAGGGUGUAACAUGAAGUUAGUUUGUGUAUACACUGUUUAACAGGGAUGCAUGCAAAUGGGAAGUUAGUGUCUGUAUCUACACUGUAUUUCAUUGAUGCACAUUGUAUUUGAUGCGAUUCUAGUUCCACUAAUGUGUGUCUCAUGGCUUUUUCUGUGUCAGACUCUUGAAGCUCUUCCCAUGUUUCAUCUUGGCUGAUUGCUUCUCCCUCCUUCGCCUGGAGGACUACAUCAUCAAAGUCUUAAUGAAACAUUCCUGCAUUUUCUUAACCCCUUACAAUGCAUCCCUACUCCUACUUUUAUAUUCCAAAUCAAUUCUAUAUACCCCCCACCCCAACAUUGUACACCACUGCAUCUCAUCUCCUCUACUUGCCACUCUUGACCUACUUCCCCCCCCCCCAAGAACUUUUUUUCCGUUACAUACUUAAAGAGACACUAUCAUCACCAGAACAACUACAGCUUUUUGGAUUUGUUCUGGUGAGUAGAAUCAUUACCUUCAGGCUUUUUGCUGUAAACACUGUCUUUUCAGAGAAAAUGCAGUGUUUACAUUACAGCCUAGUGAUAACUUAUCUGGCCACUCCUCAGAUAGCUGUUAGAGAUCCUAUCUGGGUCAUGGCUGCCUAAAAUGCAUCCAAACAUUCAGUAUCUCCUCCCUCUCCAUGCAGACACUGAACUUUCCUCAUAGAGAUUCAUUGAUUCAAUUCAUCUCAAUGAGGAGAUGCUAAUUGGCCAGGGCUGUGUUUGAAUCAUGCUGGCUCUGCCCCAAUCUGCCUCCUUGUUAGUCUCAGCCAAUCCUAUGGGGAAGCAUUGUGAUUAGAUCAGGCCACCACUUCUGAUGAUGUCAGAGGACGUUCACAUGCAGAGGCUGCAGGUUCAGACUUGAAUACAAGUAAGAUUUUACUAUCUUUAGGGAGGCCAAGGGGGUAAAUAGUGGUUUUAACACUAUAGGGUCAGGAAUACAAGUUUUUGUUCCUGACCCUAUAGUGCUCCUUUAAAUGAGCAAUGAUCUGUCACCUCCUCCUCCUCCCUCUAUUCCUUUAUGAUUAGAGUUGAGCGGACACCUGGAUGUUCGAGUUCGGCCGAACUUCAUCAAAAAGUUCGAGUUCGGAUUCGAACUUGACCCCGAACCACAUUGAAGUCAAUGGGGACCCGAACUUUCGGGCACUAAAAUGCCUCUAAAAAAGUCCUGGAAAGGGCUAGAGGGCUGCAAAAGGAAGUAAAAUGGGGGUAAGAGUGCCCUGCAAACAAAUGUGGAUAGGGAAAUCACGUAAAAUAACAUAAAAUACAUAAAAAUUUUAAAUACAGCUGAGCCAUAAAAUAGCACUAGAUGGAAUCUUUGAUUUUAGCUUUAUAAGAACAUAAAUCAAAAAAUCUAAAGCAUGGCUGUCAGGAGGAUCUCCAGAAUUAUCCAUUUGAGAGAGGGUUGGAGUGCAGGGUAUUCUCUUUCAUUGUUCAAACUGAGCUCAACUCCUGAUGCAUGGAGAAAAGGCAUUCGCAAGCCUCUGCUAUUGUGUACAUAGUUUAUACUAGGUGACCGUGUAGAUGGAAGCGGUGGUGGUGGAGGAGGAGGAGGUAGGCAACACUUUUUUAUUUGUGUUUUUUUUUUUUAAUUGGGGUAGCCCCCAAAAUAUUGGGACAUAUAAAAAAAGAAACAUUUGCGGCCUGCGGCACAUUUCUUGCAGUCCAAUAGUCCAAAACCAUCAGGUUUUUAAAACUGUCUGUCUCCACCAGACGGAAUGAUAGCAUUUCAAAGGCCAGGAAUUUUGAAAUGCUGGCAUUCAGGGCCAGGGAUCGCGGGUGGUUAGGGUGGUACUUCCUCUUUCUCUCCAAUGUUUGUGAGAUGCACAGCUGAACGCUUCCAUGGGACAGUGUGGAGAUGCUGGACAAUUGUGUACCUGGCCUAUGCUGGUGCAGGAACCCACCCUCCGAGCCACUUGUGAAUGACUGGCCUGAUAACCGUGGAAAUGACCCCUCUUCCUCCUGUGCCACAUCCUCUUCCAUCAUCGCCGAAAGAGUUUUUUUCAAGGAGACAUAGAAGCGGGAUAGUAAGGCUGAGAACGGCGUAAUCGGCACUGGCCAUUUGGUGGAGUACUCAAAACAGCACAACAUGGCACACAGGUCUCGCAUGGAGGCCCACUCAUUAGUGGUGAAGUGGUGCUGUUCCGCAGAGCGACUGACCCAUGCGUGCUGCAGCUGAAACUCCCACUAUCGUCUGCUGCUGCUCACACUAUGUGCACACAAUAUGUGCAAGGUGGAGUUCUACCUUGUGGGCACAUCGCAUAUGAGGCGGUGAGCGGGAAGGCCGAAGUUACACUGCAGCGCAGACAGGCAAGCAGCAGCAGAGUGAGAACGCUGAAAGCGCACACAGACAGCCCGCACUUUCUGCAGCAGCUCGGUUAUAUCUGGGUAGUUUUCCAGGAAUUUCUGCACCACCAAAUUCAGCACAUGCGCCAGGCAAGGGAUGUGUGUCAAACCGGCUAGGCCCAGAGCUGCUACGAGAUUUUUCUCAUUAUUGCACACCACAUUCUUGGUUCUCCUGUUAUAUACCUCUUGGACUCUGGUUAUAGUCCACUCGUCAGAGAUUUCCUUGCCCCUGACCCCUCCACCCCUUUCCCUGUUUCUAAGCUCUGGUACCACGACCGAGUAGACAGCCCAAGGUACAGACCUUCUACCACACCGAAAGAUCCACAGAUCCCUCGUCCCCCUAGCUCAUGGGCUGGGCCGCGACGAGUGGAAAUGCCAUUGCCGACACUUCACGGGGUCCCUUCACUUCGCUCGAUAGAGCUGGGAGAAGCGGAGACCCCAAACACACAUAAUGAUUAUUACAAUAAACUGCGAUCGCUUAUAUAUGACCCACCGUGAAGUUCUAUACCCACAAUGUUAAGGGACUGAACAUCCCUGUAAAACGACACUUGUUUGGUCGGGAGCUCCGAGCAACCAGCCCGGAAAUAGUGUGCUUACAGGAAACCCACUAUAAAACAAAAGAUUACACCCCGAUGCUGAUCAACGAAUACCUCACUCAGUUUCACGCCACCUCCCCAUCCAAAUCGAAGGGCUCAUCUAUACUCAUCAGCAAGAUGGUCACAUUCCAACUCCUCACACAAGAGUUGGACACCAAUGGGAGGUACGCCAUAGUUGUGGGGAUUAUAAACAACAUCACAUACACCAUUGCAAACAUCUAUGCCCCCAACUCAAAUCAACGGAAUUUCCUCCACAAAAUUCUACAGACACUGACAAAAUUGCAACAAGGGAUAACAAUAAAAUGCGGGGACCUGAACCAUGUCCUGGACCCGGCACUGGACACCACCCUUUCGCGCGUCCAAGCCAGGUUUAGAACCCUCAAAUGCCAAAGCAGAGCGUUACAGACACUCCUUUCCACGCACCACUAUUAUGAUGCCUGGAGAGUCUCCUACGGGAUGGAAAGGUCUUACACGUUUUACUCGCCCAUUCAUAACUCCUAUUCUAGGCUGGAUACCUUUCUUGUGAAGGGAUCGAAUCUAAACCAACUUGUUAGGUGUGAUAUCGACCACAUCACAUGGUCAGACCAUGCCCCUGUCACCCUAGAAGUUAAAGACCUAUACGACUUUAAAAACUGCAACCCUUGGAGAAUCAACGACUCACUCCUACAAAAUCUGGCCUUCACAGGCCAAGUAGAGACGGCCCUCAAACAUUACUUUGCGGAAAACUCCACCCCUGGUAUGCCCCCAACCAUGGUGUGGCAGGUGCAUAAAUCGGUAGUGAGGGGACUACUCAUACAACGAGCAGCCACGCUGCGCAAAACUUCCCGUGUCCAACUGCAGAAGUGGCAGACGGAACUGUACGCCUUAAAUGUGCAAAACCAAAUGUCACCUUCUGCCUCUCUAAGAGAUCACAUACUAGCCCUAAAUAGAAACAUACAUCAACAGGCCCUACAAGCAACAGGGUUUCAGCUUAAACGCCUUAAAGCUACCCACUAUGCACAAGGUAAUAGAGCAAGCAAACUGCUCGCAAACAGAUUGAAAUCGCGCCAAACAUCCCAGAAAAUUGCGUACCUAAUGACAAAAAACGGCACUAAGGCCCACACACUGCGGGAUAUCAGGAAUGAGUUUGCACGGUAUUAUGCUGACUUAUAUAAUCUUAAACAAGAUGGGCAAAUACACCAACCCCAAAGUGCAGACAUUAACAAAUACCUGGAAGGUAUGAACUAACCCAACCGGUGUCAGAAAGCGAGGUUAUUUCAACUAUAAACGCCUUACCUCCGGGCAAAUCACCCGGACCUGAUGGCUUGGAUAAUCUUUAUUACAAAAAAUUUUGCAGCACAUUAGCUCCACACCUAGUACAAACAUUCCAAGAUGCAAUUGACCACAAAUCCCUACCCAAAGAAAUACUACUGGCGCACAGAACUGCCCUGGCCAAAGUAUCUAAUUAUUUAAUUGCGGCUAAAUCCAGUGGUUGCUACUCCUAAUUUACCUUUCUGCUACUUUCCACACUGUUUUCAUCCACUGUAAUCUUGGUCUACGAGACUAUGCUCUUUCCUGGUUCUCCUCCUACCUGUAACAAAGUUAUCUACUCCUGGCACUGCUCCCCUCCUGAGGUUGUGCGGCCUGAACAGGGAAAUCUGAGACCGGCGGUGGAGGCAAUUUAGUGAUUUCUAACCGUUUGAGGUAAGAGUGCCUCCUGGCACCAAAACAACGUGUAUUUAUAUGAAGUUGUUUUGGUACCUGGACUGUCCCUUUUAAGGAUUAUUAGGUUUAGAAUUAUGAUUAGCGCAAGUAAGGGAAUUAUUCUGAAAUAAUUGUGGCUAAGAUUAGGAUUAUAAUUAGGGUUAGGUAUAGGAUUAGUGUUUUGUUUAGGAUUAUGGUGAUAUUUAGGAUUAGAAUUCAGUAGGAAUACACGGAAAUUUAGGUAAAAAGGGUACCUAUCCCAUUUCGGCCAAAAAAGGUUAAAAUCUCCAGAAAAUAGGGAACAGUGACUUGUCAGGUCCGAGGACCCGAGAUUGGGAGGGGGCCCUGCAGCUUGCCCUUUGUGCCGCCGGGUGCGAGGCCCCUCUCGUCUCCCCAGGAGAGAGCCAGUACAGAUAGGGAAGUAUCAAUAAGGUAAAUAAAAAUAUACUUACUGUACAAUAGAGUGAGCAGACUAACCGCUCUAUGUAUCAAGCCUGGGUUGGUAUAAUCCCCACCAAGGACUUCUUUGGUUGGUUGUCCACAGUAGUUAAUGGUUCAGAUGUCAGGUAAAAGUAUAAAAAUAUAUGGCUGAAAGGCAGGUAGUGAGGUAACCAAAAUACUUUAUUUUAACAGCAUAAAAACCACAACGCGUUUCUCCCAUUAGGGCUUUAAGUGGUAAGAGAAAUCCCUAAGGGGAACAGCAUAAAAACCACAAUGCGUUUCUCCCCUAAAGUACUUUAAAGGGAACUUGAGGCAAUAAGAUUAUGAAUGCCAGUUGGUAAUGUGGAAUAAAUUAAACUACUAAAAAUCCUAACCAGAACAGACAAUUAUUGUAAAUAACAUGUCUAUCAUAAUACUCCUUUUGCUUGAGAGAGAGGAAAAAAAAAAGGUAAAAUGGGGAAGAAAAAAAAAAAGGAAAUAUGAUAUGUGAAGAACAGGAAAAAAUAUAUGAUAAAAAAAAAAGAAAUAUAGGAUUCGACUAGCAUAGUCUUGCUGGUCUGAGCAGUACAGCUUCAGGCUUCGCAACCCAGGGGUAGGUAUCAGCCAUUUUGAGUAGUUCAGUUAUCUCUCUUUAAUAUGUGGGAUCGUUCUUGCGUGUUAAUAGGAAGAGGUCAAAGUGCGGCUACAUUGCAACUCUGAGCAAGUGAUUAGUGCAGCUCAAACAUCCCAAAUCAGUCCAGUGGGGACCGGGACAUCCCCAGCUUGUUUGGCCUAAAAUAUGAAGUUCACUUUUAAUUCACAUUCUUCAUAAAUCUUAAUUAAAAGGCUCAUAGAGCAUUUUAGUGGAGCACCAGCAGACAGUGCAAGGAUCGCUUCCAUACUUUAGGCAAAAUUACGAGAUCGCAAAAACUCAAGCAAUCAAGUAUCCAGUGUGCAGGAAAAAGAAUAAAACAGAUUUAAUAUUUAAAGUGGCUCUGUCACUUUCUGGUAUCUUUGCAUAUUUAGAAAACACCCCAGAUGGUGACUGCUCUGCUUGUGUUCUGGUGACCGUGGGGGCAUGGGAGAAGGUAGUUUCUACUUAUCUGAACAAGUCCUUCACCGGCACCACCAUCUUUUUCUAGGUCUUUGGCAGAAAUGCCUCUGCCACGUGUUCCUGGAGGGGCCUGCUGGCCAGCCCCCUGCCCAAAGACUAUGAGCCCUGCAAAAAGCCUGUUAAGAGACUUAGUUCGUGCCAUUUUCCUAUGCUGUUCGGGAACCGAACAGGCGCACGGACCAUGGACCACCCGGGAACUUAAGCCCUAUCAUCACCUCUUAACAAUUUUAAACGCAGUGUUCUAAUUGUUCGUCUGGGUGGCUGCAGUUCGUAUGCACGACCACGAGGGGGCGGCCAUCUUGUUCCCGCAACCGCAGGCAGCGGUGUUUGGUCCUCAAGUUCAUGGAACUCAAAUCGGACACGGAAACUCCCCAACACCGCUGGACUUCCAUCAUCGCCUGUGUUUCGGGUUCUACGCCACCUAGAAAGUCACUGUUCAGUGGAAUUUUUCGUCUGGAUGAGGGGAACAAGCUCCACGGUAGGAUUAUUGACUAUCUUCGGUAGUUUGUUCAUUUUUAAACUAAAGGGAACUGUUUUGGGCAUAGAUCAGUCAAAUUAUGACUUUCAUAGAAAUCCUGAACCCCUGAACCGAUCUGGGUAAUUUUUAGAUAUGUUGGUCACCCAGAUCUAUUAGGGGAUGUAACUUUUGUGGGGUUUGCAUGUGUUUUGGGGGGUACUUUUGGGAUGUCUGAAAAAUGUGUGUUUUUCUGUACCUGGAGAUAAUGGAGUUAGUACAGUUCCUGACUCAAUUAUCUCCCAGAGACAGAGGAGGAGUUUGUGACAUGUAUAAAUUCUGUGACUGUGCUCCCAUUAAACAGACUACUUCCCUGCAUUAAGCCUUGGCUCGUGUGUGUGUGGGGCAGAGGGAGUGGAUUGCUAUACUACAUUUUGGGUUAUUAUACUUUCUUGGAGGAGAGGUCUUCCCACUGGAAGCUGGAUCUAGGUGUGGGAAGGGACGGCGAGACCCCAGCCAAGCUGCGGCGGCUAAGGGGGCUACAGUGGUUAUGGUGUCCGGCGCGGUUUUUAUGGUAGUCAGUGAGCACUAGGAAGCAUGAUUGGAGGAGUACCCAGUCGGGUGCCAGGCUAUUCACCACAAGGUACUCUUCAGCUCCUGGCAGGAACUGCCAAGAACUGACAUUAGCAAUGUGCUCUCGCGCAUGCUGGUGCUGCAGACUCGACAAAUGAUUGCUCCGCUGUUUGACACUUGAAAUAACAGACUGGUCAUGUGUGAUGUAUAAUUGUGGGCCACCAUUUGUGAUUUUCUGCUCUAUUUUCCUAUGUCACAUACUUGUUUUCUAUAGAAUUGUUAGUGACAGUUGAACAAUGUCUUGAUAAAUCUAAACAAUUGUUUUUCUCUGCAGAUGUCCUAAAAAAAUAAUCCCACGGACCAAACUGUGCAGAGGCAUCAACAACAGAUACUGCGUUCUGAUCGUUAAAGAAGUAUGCAUAAAUAGAGAGGAGGAGAAACAUGUGACUAUUACACCAUCUCUGGAAGGUGACGAUAAAGAACUCUGCAUUCUAAAGGAUGAUUGGUAAUGCAUUAUUUUUUUUAAAUACUAUUUUUCUUUUUUAUCAUUGCUUUGCAAGAAAAAUAAAAACAAACAUAACAUUGCCUUGCAUUACAAUUUAAAAGGGCCAGCAAUAUUGUGCCAUCUUGGGGAGAUAAUUUAAGCUAUGUCACUAAUGGGUUAGUUUAAUUUGUCCACCUGCCUAAUACGCAUUAAUCGAGCCCUCUGAUCACAGAUGCAGUACCGUACAGUGAUCAGUCAGCAGGAAAGGGGUAAACUACUGCAACUGACAAAAAGGGUAAAAAAAAAAAAAUACUUUUUUGACCCACCCCCAAAAAAUUAACAGCACCAAGGUAAAAUCACCCUAAUCAGACUGAUCAUAUGGUUUAUGCUGUGAUCAGCAGUGAAAGGGUUAAAAACAUCCCCCUCUAUACACACUUUUUUACUUUUUAGCACCGUUUAGACAUUAAUCUUUCUGCCUCUCUUGUCUCAGAUGAAAGUGAGUAGAGGAGAGGCAAUGUCUCAUCCAAUGUUACAAAUCAUUGGCUGAGACAUGACAUAACUGUGAUUGCGGCGACAGCCUGUCACCAUGUUGACAUUGCUUGGAUUGCCAGGCAUGAUCUGCAGCAUGGGAAGGGAAGUGGACUGGAGGGAGGGCUAAAUCCUAAAGGCCUGCUCUGCCACCCUAACAGCAUUUAAGCACUCCUACUGCAGGACUGCAUAGUACACUCUAACAGCGAGGACUGAUUAAAGCUUUAUUUUACCUAGGGAUAUGCCCGGUUUAUAAGUUAGUAAUUUUUGUUUAGUGACUGUUAUAGAACUAUUUUAAAGGGGCACUCUGAGCAACCACACAACUUCAGUGCAUUUGAUAUUUAAACCUUUAUAGUUUUUGCACACAAAAUUGUUUUGCAGAAUGCGUCAGACUGCCUUUUCAAUGCCCCCUCACAGUAAAGCACUUCUUUAUGAAAUAUAUUAACACAGUUCAGUCAUUGACUGCAUUUGAAGAAGAGGAAACCUAGUGAGACAUAUAUGAAUAAUAUUACUUCCUGUUUAUAGUUUCUCUGACUGUCUGCAGCCAGGUUGUUAAUUAAAUGCAGCUCACUCUGUGCUGUUUGGGCUACGACUUGUGCAUACCCUUGAUAAGGAAGUCUUUCUAGCAUGUGGGGGGUGUGGCUAAGGGGGCAGUCUUAUGGUGCAGAAUUCUGCAACACCUUUAUUUGUACAAAACCUAUUCCAAAACUAUAUAAGAUGUGAUCCAACAAAAUCGUGCAUAUUAUAGAGACUGUAUGUAUAAAAUGCAUUAAGGUUGUAUUGGUGCCUGGAAAUGUUGCGGUAAUCUUUCCUUACCUUCCCCUUUUGCUUUCUCUACUCCCUUUUUGGUUUUGCAUACUGCUGCAAAGUUGUGCAACAAAUACAUCUAGAUGUAUGUGGGUUCUAAACUAUGUCCAAGUGUUGAGAUAUAAACUUGGAUAAAACAUGAGAGAACAUGGUGCCUCUGUAUGACGAGAGCUUUAGUAGAGCAAUGAAUUAAUAUAUUAGCAGGAAAGUGGUGUAUAUACGUAUAAAGAACUUAAAAUACACUAAACCUUUAAAAGAGGAUGUAGAUAUAUUUAUUUUGUAUUCUGUUAAUGCAAUCAACUGGUUUAGUUGGCAGGUCUUUUUAAAAAUGUAAGCAGAAUAAAUAACGGCUUAGGCACUCCGAAAUAACAAAAACUAGCAGCUUUAUUGGGGCAAAAACUGCAACAUUUCGACCUUACCGGGUCUUUAUCAAGCAUCCACAUCAAUGCAGAAGUGACAUUUAAAUACAGUGAUCAAUCACAGGAAAAUAAUUAAAUUAAGUGAAACAACAGCAGUGGAAUUACAAAUAAUUAGAAACACUGCUGUUUUUUCACUUAAUUUAAUUAUUUUUCCUGCGAUUGAUCACUUCUGCAUUGAUUUGGUAGCUUGAUAAAGACCCGGUAGGGUCGAAACGUUGCUGUUUUUGCCGCAAUAAAGCUGCUAUUUUUUUUAUAUCUUGGAGUGCCUGAACCAUUAUUUAUUCUGCAUAUCUUGGAAGGGAGGCCUGGCCAGCCUUGGUUUGAGAGCACCUGGGUUACUUGGUGAGUGCGGUAUCCAGUACGUCUUUACUUUUUAAAAAUGUAAACCUUUCCUGUAAAUAUAUCUAACCUGGAUUUUAAGGAACACUUCAGUCCAUAAAUGUUCCCAUUUCAAGUGAAAUCGGCAAUUUCAUAAAUAACCUUAGGCUCCAAGACCACUUCAUUUUAUGUCCAUAAGGCAUUAAGGUUCCCCUUGCACUGAGGAGGAGGAUUCUGAGCCAUAGCUGAGGGACCUCCACGCUGGAAUUAGAUAAGUGUUCAAAGGGUUUUUAACUCUUGCUGCUGGGACAGAGGGACACUAUAGUGUUAGGAAUACAAAUGUGUAAUCACUACUCACUUGCUUUGAACUGUAAUUAAAAGAAGAAGCAAGUGUUUCUCAUAGAGACACAUUGCAUUCAAUCUUUUGUUUUUUUCUUAUGAGAAGCAUUCUUUUGGUGGGUUGCAUCAAUUGCUGCGCAUGUGUCAUAGCUCCACAGUGCUUCUCCAUGAGAGGAGAUCUAAAUAUGUAAGAUAUGAUAAGGAUAUUAAGUGCAGUUUAAUUGCAGAAUUCCUUACAACAAAAUUGUUGGAAUCUUUCUGACAAUUUCCCCCAGCUGUAAUAAUUGGCUUUAAAAUGCACUGCUGAUUGCUUCAAUAUCAAGGUGUGUCCGUAGUUACACAUUUAUAUAUUUCACUGUCCAAAUACAUAUGAACUGAACUAUCAGGAUAAUAAACCACAGUAUAAAGAAAAUUAUAUUUUCUAGUAAUAUUUUCUCCUUACAUUCAGGGCAUAUCUUCAAAUCCAUCCAGGGGAUAUUAUACACUUGGAGGGCAGCUGUGCAUUGGAGAAUACAUGGACUAUAACCAAAGACUCUGGAUAUCUUAUUUUGUAUCCUGAUCUACUCAUAUCUGGUACCAGCAUAGCAAAUGGAAUUCGGUGUUUGCGCAGAUCAGUAUUAAGUGAGAAAUUCAAGGUCCGUUCUAGUUUUGUUUGGAUUUUUAUCAAUAUUUUUUUUUCAAUGAUUCAUUUGUUAGACUUCAAUGGAGAGCUUGAAGGUACAUGUUAGUUCUGAUGUUUGUACAUGUUUGCUUUGUGCAGGUUUGUGAUAAAGGAUCACGCCAGAUGCUGGUUGGCACAGUUUUGCACGAUAUUUUUCAAAGGGCAACAACACGAGCAUUUACCAAUGAUGUUUUGCAAGAACUUGCCAUUAACACAGUCCACGGCCCUAAAUAUUUGAAAGAAAUGUAAGUUGUUUCUUUGAUGCUGUAUUUUAUACAAUGUAUCAUAUUGUAACAGUUACUGACAAAUAGAGGGUGCAGAGGACACUUCACUGAGAGACCAAGCUUCAGGGAUAUUACUAGGUGGUGUUAAGGUACUUCAGUAAUAAUUACAUAAAUUACAUUAGAUCAAUGUCUAAUUCGUGUAUUAGAAAAUUACAACAUUCACUUAUUCAACUGUUAUGGAAUAUACCUGUAUUAGAAUCUGCCCAAGUCAGAAGAGUCUUUGCUGCACUUGGUAAGUCAUUGUUGGUGCAAUAACCAUUUGGUGUGCAGUUGUCUGGGGCCCGGUGAAUAUGAUUGGGUUUGUCUGACAAAUUAGGGAUGCAAUUUUGUGUUCUGAUCCAAAGGGAAAAAACCUUUCUGAUGUCCUUCUUGAUGAGUCCUCGUCUCAAUUCCAGACAAAGGUUAUAAAGGUUAAGUGACCUUACAUCCCAAACCAGAGCCUCUGCUGGCACAGCUUUUAGCCGAUUACAUUCUAGUGAUGUGUAAUGCUACAGAACAGGCCUAGGGAAAGGUGUGUUUAGAUCUAGCUUAAUCACAUCUCGUUUGUGCCUUAGGGCUCUAUAAGAAUUGAACUUAAAGGACCACUAUAGGCACCCAGACCACUUCAGCUUAAUGAAGUGGUCUGGGUCCAUCUAGUGUUAACCCUGCAGCUGUAAACAUAGCAGUUUCAGAGAAAACUGCUAUAUUACACUAUGAUUAAUCCAGCCUCUAGUGGCUGUGUCACUGACAGCCGCUAGAGGUGCUUCCGCGCUUCUCAAAGGGAAAAUCGGAAUGAGAAGACGCUGGACGUCCAUAGGAAAGCAUUGAGAAAUGCUUUCCUAUGGACUGUUUGAAUGCGCGCGUGGCUCUUGCCACGCAUGCACAUUCGGCACUGACGUUGGCAGAGGGAGCAGAGUUCCCCAGCGCCAGGCUCCUUCGGCGCUGGAGAAAGGUAAGUGUUUAACCCCUUCAGCCCAGUGGGAGUGGGGGGCCCUGAGGGUAGGGGGGGACCUUUAAACACUAUAGAGCCAGGAAAACAAGUUUUUUUUUCUUGGCACUAUAGUGGUCCUUUAAGAGAAAUAUAAACAAUUAAUGUUGGCUACAUCGAGAAGGGGGCACUCUGGGAAUGAAAUGAUGGCACUGAAAGAAAAAGGGGCAUUAUAGGGAUAGACUGGUAGUAUAGAAUGUGGUGGGCAUGGUGGGGAGAGAAGAGAGGACGCCUCUGAGAGAGAAGGAAAACAUAAGAAGUAAACUGUUACACUGAUAAGAAUGAGGGAAGGGAAUUUGGAAAAGUUGUGUGAUAACAAAAUUCCAGUGGGAAAGUGGAAAUGACCAAAUGAAAUAGUUGGGGAGUAGAAAGUGUCUUGGAAAGUAGUAGAAGGUGACAUGGAAACCCCCCCAUUCUCACACACUUACCUCCCUACAUUUUAUGCUAACACGCUACUCAAAUACACCCCUGCAUUUACACAGAAACCUUUCACACAAGUACAUCCUUGUAUUCAUGUAGACUCCUGAAUUAAAUCAGCAAGCUUCCCAUAUCCAUUCCUUCAUUUGCAGACACAGCCACACUGCAAACAAAUGCAGCAUUGUAUCUACACACUCUGACACUUCCAUGCUGUUAAUGUGCAUGUGGUAGCUCGGCUUCUGCCAUUUUUAGUACUGAUCUUCUGUGAUAACAACACAUGCUAAGACAGAGCACAAAGUGUAGUGUGGUCGCCAAAGAUUGGCACAUCAACUGAUGCUGUGCUACACACCCAAUAAAUCUGGGAGUUAGGGUAUCGGCCACUGAACUCCAUGUGCUGUGACAGGUCCAAUGUGGGUCUGGUUACUGCAUGGUACAUGGGAGGUAAGUUCUUUACUUACCUCAUGCUCUCCAUCAUGAUUGCUGCCAUGUUUGCCCAGCUGUCCUCUUCGGCUCCUGGCACAUUAGAAGCCAAGCAUUAUUGUACUCUCGCACCUGAAUAAAAAAAAAAGGGGGGGGUGCUGGGAUUGGCCAAAGGUUGAUGGCAGAGUUCCGCCUUUUGUGAACCUAAGGCUUUACCGUAAUUAAACGUAGUCCCUACUUUGUCUAUGGUAUCUUUGGAUUGUGUUGAAAUUUUAAAGAAAUUCCUAUGCCGUCUUAAGAAUCUAUCUUUAUGAAAUACUGAAAAGUGACCAUCCUUUUUAACAGCGAAUGGAAUAGUAAGUAGGGCCAUUACAGCCAUGGUGCAUAUCCAACAUCUUUUUCAGGUCUGUUUUAAGUUAGGUGGCCAACUAUAGCUUUAAUAAGCUUUUUAAAAUAAUUCAAUACUGUUAGAACAAUUUCGAAAUUAUUUAUCUACAAAAAUUUCCAUAGUCUUUAAUGGUGAUUUCUGUAGCUCACUUAUAAACUUUUCUAACAGUAUCAAAUCAUUUAGAAAGCUUAUUAAAUCAAGGCCAAUGUUGGUUAAUGAAAAUGUUUGGGAUUCAUUUCACUCUACUGUUACAUAAAUAUGCUUCUUUUUCAGGUAUCAGUUAAAUUUAAAUCAAAAUGACAUCAUGGAAGAAGUGCAGGAGUAUCUGCCAUCAUUUUCCAAGUGGGCUUCUGACUGCUUGACACCUUCUACUAAACAGCAUCCUUUCAGGAGUAAACAGUAAGGAUGCCUUCAGUGGAAUUCUGUGGUUAUUUAUCCCCCCAUACACUUUCACAAAGCAGGAGUAUAAAUGUGUUGCAGGUUCAGCAUUAUAUAUCUAUCUAUCUAUCUAUCUAUCUAUCUAUCUAUCUAGUAGUCUGGAGUUAUUGUUUUUGUAGCGAGUAACUUUCUUUGGUAUGUGUCUGGGAGAUCUCUACCACUACAAUAGUGAUAACCUUUCCAAGUUAAACUUUUGUCUUGUUAAUUUUUCUUCUGAAUCUUUUUUUUUUUUCUUUCUUUUUUUUUUCUUAUAGGGAUGCGCUAAUCACCAAAACAACUUUUAGCUUAAUGACGAUGUUUUAGUUUAUAGAUCAUGUCCAUAUAUCUGUAUCUUACUGCUCUAUUAUCUGCCAUUUAACCCCUUAAGGACGGCAGACGUACUAUGCCGUCCUUUGGGACCGACUCUAAACGCCGGCGGACAGCAUAGUACGUCACUGUCCCCCCCCCUCCAGGAGACUUACCUGCUCGCUGGCAAUUGCGAUGGGGGGAGUUGCCUGGCAUCCCAGGGAGUCCCCUUGCUGCUGAUUCAGCCUUCCCGGGCCAUGUGAUCGCAAGGUCCUUGAGAGGACCUCAAGAUCUUAUGGACGGAAUAGCCGUCCAUAGCAGUGCCAGGAGGGGGACUGCCUGGAAUGACAGGUAGUUCCCCUGCUGCCUGAAAAAAGUUAAAUAAAAGUUAAAACACAGUGUAAAAUAAAAUUAUAUAUACUUAGAUCAACGCAGGCCGAAAGUCCAGAGAAUUUAGUUUGCUAGCACUAUAUUUAAUCCUGUAACUUUCCAAGACACCAUAAAACCUGUACAUAGGGGGUACUGUUUUACUCAGGAGACUUCGCUGAACACAAAUAUUAGUGUUUCAAAACAGUAAAAUGAAUUACGAGGAUAUCAUCAUUGAAAAUGACGUUUUAUGCAUUUUUCACACACACAGACGACCCUUACACUGACAAUAUAAUUGUUGUUAUACGUUUUACUGUUUUGAAACACAAAUAUUUGUGCUCAGUGAAGUCUCCCGAGUAUAACAGUACCCCUCAUGUACAGAUUUUAUGGUAUUUUCAAAAGUUAGAGAGUCAAAUAUAAGGCCUGCGUUUCAGUUUUUUCACAUUGAAAUUUGCAAGAUUGGUUACGUUGCCUUUGAGACCGUAUGGUAGCCCAGGAAUGAAAAUCAACCCCACCAUGACAUACCAUUUGCAAAAGUAGACAACCCAAGGUAUUGCAAAUUGAGUAUGUCCAGUCUUUUUUAGUAGCCACUUCGUCACAAACACUGGCCAAAACACUGUUUUGUUUGUUUUGCGAACAGUUCACUCCUCUGUCCAAGACCUGGUUUCAUUUUCAUUUCUCUUUUUGAUGCUGGAUGAACAUGCAAACCUCUACUAAAGUGGACAAUACGUUUUAUUAGGUCAAGCGGCACAGCAGAGGGGCACAUCCACUGCUGUGAUCUCCUGAAGUGACCACCUGAUUGUCCUUUAGUUUGAUAUUUGCACAGUUUUUUUAAUAUAUAAUAUCGGCUUUAAAUUUGAUUGCAUUAUUUCAUUUUUUUUCUUUCUCUUGUUUCCCAAGUCGGGCUCCUGAUGAGUCUGGGCAUGUGCCACUGGUGGCAGGCUUAUGGGCCUGCCUUUAUCCACUCCCCCGCCCACUUACACAUUCUAUCAUACAGAUCCAACGUUCUGGGUUUAUAACCUCUCUCCUUGCUUAGGUAUCCAUACCUAUUGACCUUUUUGUACAUUGUAGAGGCAUCUUUGAGCUAACUGUCACUGCCCGGAUAUACCUCAGUUUAAUUUCGCCAUCUUCCUUAGCUUCAUCUGAUGUGGGAUAUGUUCCAAUAUGUUAUUAAUCUAACCUUAAAAAAAAAAAAUAGAAUUCCUCUGUCUUGUGUUUCAUUGCACCAUCCUUGACAAGUCGUAUUGUGCAUAGUAUGUUUAAUUGUUAUGACACUUGCCAUUUCCUGUACUGUAUUAUGACUGAGCAAUAAAAAAAGAUUUACAAAAAAAAUGGAGAUGUAUUUAUAAUAGACCAAUGUAAUAGUGGUCUAUGCAGCAGUUUACCGUUCACGUGGAUUGUGCUUUACAUUAGUUUAAAAUAAAGCUAUCUCAAACCUUACCAUAAAACGAAUUUGCUUAUUUCCGUUGAUCAUUUUCAGGAACUCUGAUUUUUUUUUUUCUUCUCUGUCAUAAAAGUGGAAAGUUGAAACUAAUUCAUUUAAAAAUCUGUUUGCAGAAGGCUCUGCAUCUUUUAUGAAAGUUAUACUGUAUUUGAAAGGUGUUUUAACGCUCCACUAUUUGUUUUUCCAGCCUUGUGCUUUUCUUGUUUAUUAGGCAGUAACUGUAUGAAUAAGGAUGACUCUUUUCCUCUGAUACUCCUGUUAUAAUUUUAUUUCAGAUCCUUGACUGAAGAAAUAAAACAACCUACAAGUGCUACUCAAGUGUCAGAGUUUUUGGAUAUUGAGGAAAAUAUAUGGUCCCCAAGAUUUGGUCUAAAAGGUAAAAUUGAUGUAACGACCAAAGUAAAAAUACAUCAGAAGUCCAAAACUCUUUUUAAGACAAUGCCUCUAGAACUUAAAACUGGCAAAGAGUCAAACUCCAUAGAACACAGAAGUCAGGUGAGCUAUAAUCUUUUUGGUUUCAUAUCUUUUUAUUUUUUUAUUUUUUUAUUUUUAUCUCUUAUAGACUAGUGUCUCUGUGGAUUUGUAUUUUUUUUUUUUUUAUAUUUAAGCUCAGUAUAUUGUACAACAUUUUCGUCACAUAAGUUUGACAGGUGUAAGAAAGUACAUGGUACAAGAUAUUGGUGUUACAUUAGUCAAGUAAUCAGCAGUACGAAUUCAUACAUGAAGGUGUGUCUUUGCGUUGAGCAUGUAGAGAUAAUAGUAUUGGAGUUCUGUUACAUUUUCCUACAUCCCUACGUUUUUAUGAGCCGGCUCAUAUUCCCGUAGUGUUAAUCUUUAUUUUUUCCCUAGAUGGGGGGUGUUUCUUCUAGACUUCUGGUAUUUUCUACUUUUUGUAGCCACUCGCGUAUGGUCGGGGGGUUUGGUUGUUUCCAUAAGGCUGGGAUGAGCUGGUUCGCAGCUGUUAUAAGGUGUAUGAGCAGGGCCGCCGUAUGUUUCGGUAAGCCGUGUGGGGUGAGAAGGGAUAUGUAUGUAUCUGGGUCUAAGGGAACAGUUAUCUUAAGUAUGGUGUGGAUCAGGCCCGCCAUGCGUGUCCAAAAUUUUUGUAUCACUGGGCAUGUCCACCAAAUAUGUGAGGUGGUGCCCACGGCUGAAUGGCAGCGCCAACAUUGUUUGGAGGUUGCAGGGAAUAGGGAGUGUAGUUUUGAGGGCGUGUAGUGCCACCUCGCUAUUCUUUUAUAGUUGCUUUCCUGCGUUGUUGUGUUUUUUGAGGAUUUGUGGAUUUGUUUAAAGAUUUUUUUCCAUUUGUCGGGCUUUAUUGCUAAGUUUAACUCAUUUUCCCAAGUGGUGGUAAAGGCCGGCAAUUGUUGUGGUCUCGUGGAGAGGACCUGGGAGUACAUUGUUGAUAUGUGUUUUGUUUUUAUGGAUUGGAGGGAACAGUAUUUUUCGAAAUUAGUCUGUUCUCGGCUGGCAUUGUGUGUUAGGGAUUGAAUAAAGUGUGUUAGUUGCCUGUAUUGGUAUUUUGGCAUAGCCGUGGGAUCGGCUAUAAAUGCCUGUAUGGGUUUUAUUGCUCUCGACCCGACGGUUGUCAAAGUAUCCCCUAAUGUAAGAUAUGGCGUCUUAUGGAAGGACUGGAAAGAUUUGCCGUCUACUCCUGGCUGGAAUAAGGGGUUGUGUGUGAGCGGGUAUAGUGGCGAUGGGUAAGGUGACAUUAGUUCGUGCGUGCGUAGGGUUGCCCACAUGCGGAGGGUCGGUGUAAUUGUGGGAUGUGGGUUGUGGAGCAUUAGUACCUGCCCUGAUUUGUGCCAGGGUAUCGUGUAAAUAGGCACUCUGAAAAAGGUGUCCUCUAAGUUCACCCAUUGUUUCCUGGAUUGUGGAAGUGACCAGUCAUAUAUUCUGGUUAGCAGUAUUGCGUAAUGGUAUGUUUCAACAUCUGGCAGACCCAGGCCGCCUCUGUCCUUUGGUUUUGUGAGUAAUGAGUAUGAUAUUCGUGGGGGUUUGUUAGCCCAUAUAAAUGUGGUGAGUGUUUUACGAACUGUAGUGAACCAGGACUUAGGAAUAGUUAUAGGGAGCACUUGUAGUAUGUAUAGUAUUCCGGGUAGGAUGUUCAUCUUGAGGAUGUUCGUCCUACAAAACCACCCAAAGUGUGGCUUGUUCCAUGUGGUGAGGUCAUGUGUUAUGGCCCUUGUUAAUUCAGGGAAGUUGUUCUUGAAUAGUUGGGAGGGGUUCCUGGUGAUGUGGAUUCCCAAGUAUUUGAUACUGUGUGUUGCCCAUGUGAAUUGAUGAUCUCAGAGCAGAGCGCAGAGCAUCUUUCUCUCGUGAUUCAAUAUGUAUCGGGAGGAUCUCGCAUUUGCUAAUGUUCGCUUUAAAAUUGGAGAGUGUACUGUAGGUAGCCAUUUCUGACAUCAGGUGGGGUAUUGAUGCUACUGGGUCUGCCAGUGUGAAAAGCACAUCAUCGGCGAACGCCGCUAUUUUGUGCUCCUCCGUCCCCGCCCGGAUGCCCCUGAUGUUAGUGUUGUCCCGGAUCCCCUGUAGAAAAGAUUCUAAAACAAGAACAAAGAGAAGCGGGGAGAGGGGGCACCCCUGUGUGGUGCCGUUGGAGAUUACUACCGGGUCAGUGAGUUGUCCAUUUAUACGGACGUUGGCGGUCGGGCAUGAAUAGAUCGCAGAGAUCCAUUUUUGCCAAUGUGGCUCAAAUCCCAAUUGUCGCAGCGUCUGUAGCAUCAGGGUCCAGUCUACCCUGUCAAACGCUUUCUCAGCAUCUAUUGACAGGAGUAGACUGGGGUACCCAGCUCGUGUGGCAUGGUGUAUUAGGUUCAAGAUCUUAGUGGUGUUAUGCUUGGCUUCUCUGCCCGGAAUAAAGCCAGAUUGGUCUGCGUGUACCAAUCCUGGAAGUAUCGGGCGCAAUCUGUUGGCUAGGAUUUUCAUGAAGAUUUUUAUGUCCGCAUUUAUUAAGGAGAUGGGUCUGUAGCUACCGCAUUGAGUUAAGGCUUUGCCCGGUUUUGGUAGGAGAGUGAUUGUUGCAUUGAGGGCCUGGCGUGGAAGCUUGUCUGAGUGUAGCAGCGAGUUGAAUGCGUUUACGAAAUGGGGUGUGAGUGUCUUCGCGAAAGUUUUGUAAUAUUUUGCUGUGAACCCGUCUGGCCCAGGGCUUUUCCCUUGUGGCAGAUGUUUUAAUUACGUCUGCACAUUCUUCUGUGGAGAUGGGAUGUUCUAAGGAUUCUUUUAGGUUGUUUGGGAGGGAGUGGCGUAUUCUCUUCUCUAGGAACGCCUUUAUGUCCUGCAUCUGGGGAGCUGUGUGUCGAAGGUUAUAUAGGGUUGAAUAAUAGUCAUGGAAAGCCUUUGAUAUGUCAGUCAUUGAAUGUGAGAGUUUCCCUUCUUUAUUGCGUAUGGCCGCUAUGAAUGUGUGUUCUCUCUGUUUUUUUAGGGCAUGAGCUAGGAGUUUCCCACAUUUUCCUCCUUGGGCAUAGUAGAGGCUUCUUGUUUUAGCCAGGGCAUGUUUGGUGACAGCGUUUAGGAUGGAAUUAAGUUCCGUCCUCUUUUCCAGUAGUCGCGAGUAUAUAGUGAGGGAGGAUUCUUGUUUGUGUGUGUCUUCUAGUGUUCUAAUUUCUUUAGUUAGUUUAGUUGCCUGUGCUUCUCUGUGUUUUUUGUGUUUAGACGCCAGUUGGAUGAUCGUUCCCCUAAUGGUGCUUUUGUGAGCUUCCCAAACUAUUGGGCAUGGAGUUCCGCGUUGCGUGUUUUGGUCAAAGUAUUGAGUCAGUCCUUCCCUGAUUUGUGUUUGUAUCUCCGGUUUGUUCAAUAGGAUGUCAUUUAAUUUCCAUUGAGAUCUAUUAGGGUGUAACGAUGGGAUGGCGAUGGUCAUUGAUAUCGGGGCAUGAUCAGACCAGGUAAUUGUGGCGUACUCGCACGUUUGGACUAGGUUUAAGAACCGAUGAGGGAUGAGAAACAUGUCAAUUCUGGAGUAAGUGCCUGAUGAGUGGGAGUAAUACGAGUAGUCGCGUUUUGCAGGGUUAGUGAUUCGCCAGCUGUCAUAUAAUUGGUGUGAGUCUAAGAGUGCCUGGAUGCGGGUUCUAGAUGAGGCUUGGUAUGUUUGAGCCUGGGAGGUGGUGUCUAGUGUCCCGUCUAAGGAAAUGUUGAAGUCGCCUCCUUAAGUAUCAAGCUUGUACAGUAUUUUGCGUAGGGCAGGGGUUUGCUUCCUAUUAGGGAGAUAGAUGUUCACCAAGGUGACGGUUGUAUUUCCUAUCAGUCCUUUAAGAAAGAGGAACCUACCAUUGUCGUCUGCGAGUUGGUCUAUGUAUGUGAAUGGAAGGUGGGAAGAUAGGAGAAUCGCUACACCCCUCGAUUUAGCUUCUGCAAAAUUGCUAAAGUAGCCUUUGGAAUAGGUUCUAGAUUUAAGGGAAGGGGCAGAGUCCUUGCGAAAAUGUGUCUCCUGUAUAAAUACCACAUCUGCCUUGCGUCUAUGAUAGUGCCAUGUGUCGUUUUUCUGCUGUAUUUAGACCCCUAGCAUUAUGGGAGGUGACCGUGAUAGUGGCUGUUGCCCCGGGUGCGCCCACCUCUGGAGGGUUUGUAGAAUCGUACUGCAAGUGUUUAUGUUCCAUGGUAUCUUGAGCCCUUUGUAACAAAAGAUGGUGUAUACACUGUGCAAAAUAUAGUGCCGUUCAGUACAAAAAUAAAAAGUACGAUAUUUAAGAGUGGUACCUGAUUCGUUGUGAUGUUUAGAUAUUUGUUGUGGUGUACACUGUAAGCUUUGGGGCUGAAAACUUGUAAGCUUAUACUAGUGUAGUGGAGUUUUGGCGUUGUGUUAUAAUGUAUGGGGAUACGCAGUGGAGCCGAUGGGGGACGAGCGUCAUGGCCGUUGUCCCAGAGGAUGGUCUAAGUAUUUGGAAGUGUUAUCUCAAGAGAGGACAUACGCUUUUUUUUUUUUUUUUUCCUUUCUUCCUUUACUUUGGUGUGGGUUGUCUCAACAGUUUCCCUACUUGUGUAUCUCAGUCUGGGGUUUGGGCUGGUACUACUCUACCGGGUAGUCCUGCUGUGUGUAAAUGUGGGUUGUAAGUACACAUUUUUAAACACAUCGUUGAACAUACGACCUGGUGCUGAGAGUCCAGCAGGGUAUCUUGGAUGUUAUGUUUUGUCGCUCUAGGUUGCAGCAAGAGUUCGCAAGUCCUGCCUAGGUUCAUCAGUAAGUCCCAAUAAGUCCAUUAUGUCGGGAGUCGCUGUGAGUGGAUAGAGGAAAUUGAGUUCUCCCUUUCUCCGUGCGGUUCCGUAUGCUGGUGUUGUCAUCCUGGGAUGGUAAUCUUCCUGUGUUGAUGUGAGGGUUGCCGAUCCAUCUGGGCGUCCUAUGUUCAUAUGAGUUAGUCGUCCAUGGCUCCUCUAGGUCUUCUCUCUCUUAGUUGCUGGGGACUGGCUUGUCCGGUUCUCUGUUUUUUUGCUUGUGAUUGCCUUCCCAGGUCGCGUGAUUGUUUAUUGUGGGAGGCUGCUGGGUCCGGCGAGUACCAGUCCAUAACUUGGGUUUCAUUCAGGUUCAGUGCCCUUAUAAAUGGGGCAACAUCCUGAUGCGUUGCGAUUGUGAACGCAGAUCCUCUAGUGUUGACUGUGAGGGCGAAUGGAAAGCCCCAUCUGUAUUUGAUAUUGCGAAUUCUAAGCUGGUCUGUGACAGGUUUUAAGGCUCUUCUCGUCUGUAGGGUGAGCCAUGACAGGUCUGGGUAUAUUUGGAUUUCUUGGCCAAGGUAUAGCAGUGGGGCAGAAGUAUCCCUUAGAGUUUUCAGGAUGUCUUCCUUUAGUGUGAAGUAAUGAAUGCGACAUAUUAUGUCUCGUGGUGUUUCACCUACCACAUUCUUUGGCCGUAGGGAUCUGUGCGCUCUGUCCAGGAGUAUCUGUGUGUCUGGCGGACGGCCCAGUAUGGAGUUAAAGAGGAUGGUUAGUUGGACGUGCAGAUUUUCGUUAUCUGUCUCCUGAAGCCCCCUUAUGCGGAGGUUAUUUCUCCGUCCCCUGUUGUCUAGGUCGUCUAGUGACCUUUGCAUCAUGGAGAGGUGUCUGUCGUGGGAGUUUACUUUAGCAGUUAGGUCCUGUAUCUGUGUCUGAAAGAAUCCCCUCUCAUCUUCCAGGUCCUGUACCCUGUGUCCUACCUUUUGGAUAUCAGAGCUGAGGCCCUCCAUUUUGUGCUGGAAUGUGGAUUCUAUUUUCCCCAGCAUUUGUGCCAGGUCAGCUUUGGAGGGUAGGUUUCUCAGAAGCUCCUUAAUGUCCACAUCUGGUGUUUCUGUGGAGCUCUCUGAUGCCGCUGGGCUUUGUGGCUGGGAGCAUGUGUAGGCCGCAGCCGGCGCCAUGUUGGAGUCUCCAUGCUCCGAGACGCGAUCAGCGUAGUCGCGAAACAGGCGGGUUACCGAUCCCGGUUUGCCCGCCGGGGUCUUCCCCGUUGGUGGGUGAGUGGUCUGCUGCUUUUUGUUGUUCCCCAUCGCAUUGGCGUGUCUCCGAUAACGGAGUUUUCAGCCCUUUCAGCUCGGAGCUAGGUUAGUGUGCGGCCAUUCAGUCCGGUCGUCGGCCACGCCCCCCCUGGAUUUGUAUUUUGUGGUUUGUUCAACCCUUGGUUAUUAGGUAAAAAAAAAAAAACAGCACAACACACACCGUUUGUUGAACUGUACUUUAAAAGAUCGCAAUGUUAAUAAAGUGGAAAACAAUCCACACCUAUCCCUAAAAAUUCUCACUUAAACACUCAAAUACAGGUACAACAACCUGUCCCCCAAAUUUGAAAAUAGCUCAAUUUUAGCAGGAUGUUGUACUUUGGAAGGUGGGGAAAUAACUCUCAUUGUCAUGUAAAGACUGACAACUGUGUAAUAUUACCCAUCAGGAUUUAAGGGGAAAGCAUUGCGGUUGAAUGUAACAUAUGUAAGAGAAUGGCUCAAUGGCAUAAAAUACAGUCCUAUACUUGGGGUAAAAGUCUGCAACAAAUAGGUUUGAUAGAACAGGUGGGAAGUUUAGUGUAGCGGACCCAGGAUAACCCGACUGGUUACCUCCGCUAAUUAGCCAGUCGGGAACCACUUAACCCCCCCUCCCCGCCCCCCAGUAACUGGACAAGACCCAGUUCUGGAGGUACAACACAAUUUUAUUGGCCACACACGGCUUUUAUGCAUACCCUGUGCAAGGGGUGAAUCACGCACACAUCCCAUGAUCCUCCCCCUCCCUGUGGUCCCAGCGCAGGAAGAGACUCCAUUCUCUUUGUCCCCAAAGCACGCCACUAAAUCCCCAGGGCUCCCCACACCAACCGCCAGGGGUCUUCUUCCCAAGAGCCUCUGUGCUUAGGAGUCUAGGCGUGGGAAAAGGUGACCGUCCCUUUGUCUUCCAGGCACAGAAAGCCCGCCUGCAGAAAAAGAGCUGGUCUCUUUAUCCCUCGGGCUCAUGAGAGCCCACCAUAACUGCCCACACCAAUCUCAGGGAUCCUCGCCUUGGUCCAUCGAUCGACAAGGCUCCGUUCGCGAGGUCCUGGUGUGAAACACAGAUGAGGGAAGUGUCUCCUUUCGGGAUAUAAAUGCUCCCCUGGCUGGUGUUCGUCUAUAUGAAUGGCGGCCACCCAGGGGAGCACUUAAUUACUUCCCUUGCGGUUUCACACCCAUGUUACGGAUGCGAGCGUUCUGAUUAAUUGGUGUGAACGUUCUAAUUGGGCACUGGGAGGCCCUUGUUGGUAUACGAACGAGUCGGGAAAAAAUCUCCCCUGGUGGCGUUCUUCUGUACGAAUGGUGGCCACGCAGGGAAGCACUCAUUGUUUCCUUUGCGGUUUUGACACUUCUGUUGGGAGGUGUGAACGUUCUAUACUAACAUUCUCUAUGAUGUAUUGGGGUGGUCCCCGUUCGGGAGGUGAAUGAAUUCCCUUCGUGGAAGCACUCCUGAACGGGGAACGGGCACAAUAAACAAAAUCAAGAGAGAUGACACGCAUAUUCCAAGCGGGAACCACACAAACUGGCAGCGGUUCUGCCACAUUCAGGAAAAGUGAUAGUUGUAGAGGCAUAUAAGGGGUGAGAUAGCAUGGUCAGGGGAUGUGUGUAUUUCCAGGGCAUUGAAAACAAUAAAGGGUAUAAUUUAAUGCCUGGAUAACUUGUGAGGGCAUUCAUCUUUCUGUUGGUCUGGAAAAAAGCAGUUAUAUAUAUAUAUAUAUAUAUAUAUAUAUAUAUAUCUAUCCAAACAACAGUUUUUAUUUCUCUAGUACUUUGCUGUCCAGAUUAGUAAUUAUCUACCUAGGUGUUAAGACACACAAACAGUCCAGGAUUUAGCCUUUUAACAAUUGUGCUCCUGUGGGUAUACUGACAAAAUCUAAACCAUCAGUGGACUUUGUUGGGAACUAUUGGUCUACUGUGUAUGCACCUGUGCCCACUUUAAAAAGGAACGCUAAACACCAUAACCACUGCAGCUUGCUGCAUUAUUUAUACUGUCAGGAGUUCCCUGGCAUCUUCUCCUAUGUCUGAGGUUAGACUGUAUUCUAAUAGUUGGAUAUUAACUUGGGGUCCCCUUGACAGUCUGGCUUCACUUCAUGGAUAUCGCUAAUGUGGAACAUCCUAUUUAUGCAUUAGAGAUAAUCUAUUCCCUCUUUUGGCUGGAAUUCAAUGGAUGAGCUUGUUGGUUACCAAUCCUCAGCCAAAGAGCUCUCUCCAAGGGUGGUUGACUAUUUAAGCAUAAUGCCCACGGCAUCAUCAGCUAGCACUGAAAUUAGGGCACACGGCAUAUUUUAGUUGAACUAAUUAUUGUGAACAUACCCACAUUCAAUUUUUAUUUUUUAUUAGAAAAUUAGGACGGUUGGAGAGAAAACAGAGGCACAGUUCUUUUUUUAAACUUUUCCCUCCUUCUAUAAUGUAUAUAAGUAGGAUUUCAAAGUGAUUCCUGCACUUUAGUAUCAAUAAUUACUAAUAAUUGUAUGCUUACAUGCUACGUAAGUUACUGGAGUGAGGAAAGGGGACUAUAUAAGCAAUUUGUAACAAUUUCCAUCAUUUACAUUUUCUAGGCUAGUAAAUUGCAUUGUUUUAUGUAUGGGCGGGGUGACUUGCAGACACUUCGCUGUUGAUCUAAGCCAGCAGCUUCCUUUCAAUUCUAAUAUAACUUCUCUGACUCACUGAGUGGCUGCUGUGAUUAUUUACUCUUAAUUCAGUGUUGAUGAGAGUCUCUAAAAAAUUUCUGCCUUAUUGAUUUCCUGUCCUGCAAAUAAAUAAAUAAAAUCUGUGUCCCACAGCUGACAUUUAGCUGUGUGCUUUAUAUUGCAGGACAUAAUGUUUCCACUCUGCUUGUAAGCUGCACAUUCCAAUUCAACUAACAGAAUUUGUAUUUAUUAGUGAAGUAAAGAGAAGUGUAUGUGUCCAGACUAAAUAAAAGGUAAAAACGAUCAGUGUGAUGCAAAUUAUAGAUGUCUGGCGUUAAGCAAAAUUACCUAUUGCCAACAUACUCCAAGUCAAUGUUCCUUUUAGAUUGAAGAUCACUCCUGAAAGUAUGCACAGGUCUCUUUUCAUAGAUUAGAAAUUCCAAUCUACCAAAAUGACUGUUUGUCUUCAUAUUCGGAGUUAUGCACUAAAGCGAACAUUCAAGGUGAGAAUAGACAAACUGGAAAAAUUCCCUAAGUCAGCUUUCCAUUCAGCUAUUCUGGCCUUAAAUGUAACAUUUCACUUUACUAAAUAACCCGAUUGUGUUGGAGAUGUUGACUAGCAGAUUUCUCUGUGCACAUUCUAUGUUUUGUCCAACAUUUUAGAGUGUUUGAGAGAAAGCACAAAAUAAUAAAUGCCCGGAAUAUUGAGAUAAUUGAUACGACUUAAACACACACUUAUAUACCCAGGUGCUACUCAUGAUACUUGUAAACUGUUGACUACAUGUAUUUUCAUAUCGGACCUGCGUGUCAUAAGGAUGUCGCUCUGUUCAAACUGUACUGCUCAUUCUUUAUACAAAAUAAAAGAUUUAAAAAAAAUAAAAAUAAUAAUAAUAAUAAAAUGCCCCCAUUUUUCAUGAGCUGAACUCAAAUAUCUAAGACUUUUUCUAUGUACACAAAAGGCCUAUUUCUCUCAAAUAUUGUUCACAAAUCUGCCUAAAUCUGUGUUAGUCACUUCUCAUUUGCCAAGAUAAUCCAUCCACCUCACAGGUGUGGCAUAUCAGGAUGCUGAUUAGACAGCAUGAUUAUUGCACAAUUGUGCCUUAGAUUAGCCACAAUAAAAGGCCACUCUAAAAUGUGCAGUUUUAUCACACAGCACAAUGCCACAGAUGCCACAAGUUUUGAAGGAGCGUGCAAUUGGCAUGCUGACUGCAGGAAUGUCCACCAGAGCUGUUUCCUGUGACUUGAAUGUUAAUUUCUCUACCAUAAGCCGUAUCCAAAGGUGUUUCAGAGAAUUUGGCAGUACAUCCAACCGGCCUUACAACCACAGACCACGUGUAACCACACCAGCCUUGGACCUCCACAUCCCGCAUCUUCACCUCCAAGAUUCUCUGAGACCAGCCACGCAGACAGCUGCUGCAACAAUCAGUUUACAUAACCAAAGAAUUUCUGCACAAACUGUCUCAGGGAAGCUAAUCUGCAUGAUCGUCGUCCUCAUUGGGGUCUCUACCUGACUACAGUUCGUCGUUGUAACCGACUUGAGUGGGCAAAUGCUCACAUUCGAUGGCGUCUGGCACUUUGGAGAGGUGUUCUCUUCACAGAUGAAUCCUGGUUUUUACUGUAAAGGGCAGAUGGCAGACAGCGUUUAUGGCAUUGUGUGGGUGAGCGGUUUGCUGAUGUCAACGUUGUAGAUUGAGUGGUCCAUGGUGGCGCUGGGUUUAUGGUAUGGGCCUGCGUAUGUUAUGGACAACGAACACAGUUGCAUUUUAUUGAUGGCAUUGAUGAGAUCCCGAGACCCAUUGUUGUGCCAUUCAUCCACGUCCAUCACCUCAUGUUGCAGCAUGAUAAUGCACGGCCCCAUGUUACAAGGAUCUGUUCACAAUUCCUGGAAGCUGAAAACAUCCCAUUUCUUGCGUGGUCAGCAUACUUACUGGACAUAUCACCCAUUGAGCAUGUUUUGGGAUGCUCUGGAUCGGCGUACACGAUAGUGUGUUCCAGGUCCUGCCAAUAUCCAGCCACUUCGCAAAGCCAUUGAAGAGGAGUGGACCAACAUUCCACAGGCCACAAACAACAACCUGAUCGCCUCAAUGCGAAGGAGAUGUGUUGCACUGCGUGAGGCAAAUGGUGGUCACAUCAAAUACUGACUGGUUUUCAGACCCCCCCCAAUACAUUAAAACUGCACAUUUUAAAAAGGCCUUUUAUUGUGGCCAGACUAAGGCAUACCUGUGCAAUAAUCUUGCUGUCUAAUCAGCAUCUUGAAAUGCCACACCUGUGAGGUGGAUGGAUUAUCUCUGCAAAGGAGAAGUGCUCACAAACACAGAUUUAGACAGAUUUGUGAACAAUAUUUGAGAGAAGUAGGCCUUUUGUAUCUUUGAGUUCAGCUCAUGAAAAAUGGGGGCAAUAACAAAAGUGUGUGUGUGUCUGUGUCACAAUGGCACCUGUCAAGGGGUGGGGAUAUAUUAGGUAGCAAACAAUCAGUUCUUGAAUUCCAUGUGUUAGAAGCAGGUAAAAUGGGCAAUCAAAGAAGAUCUGCGUGACUUUGUCAAGGUCCCUAUAGUAAUGGCUAAACUGGGUUAGAGAAUCUCCAAAAUGGCAAGUCUUGUGGGGUGGUUAGUACCUAGCAAUAGUAGUGCAAGAAAGGACAACUGGUGAACCAGUAUCGUGGGUGCCCAAGGCUCAUUGAUGCAUGUGUGGAUCGAAUGGUAGCCCUUCUGGACCAAUCACACAGAAAAGCUGCUCCAACUCAAAUAGCUUUAAAAAAAAUAAAAUAAAAAAAGUUAAUACUACCGAUGAUAGAAAGGACGCCAGAACACAUAGUGCAUUUCAGUUUGCUGCGUAUGGGCUGUGUUGCCGCAGACUGCUCAGAGUAACAAUGGUGACCCCUGUCCGUUGCCAAAGCAGCUUCAAUAGUGACGCGAGCAUCAGAACUGGACCAUGGAGCAAUGGAAGCAGGUUACUUGGUCUGAUGAAUCACAUUUUCUUUUAGAUUAGAUAGAUGACUGGUGAGUGUGCGUCAUUUGCCUGGGGAAGAGAUGGCUGCAAUGUUCUGCUGGGAAGUUUGGGUCCUGGCAGUCCUGUGGAUGUUACUUUGACACAUACCACCUACCUAGAGAUUUUUGCUGACUACAAACACCCCUUCAUGACAAUGGUGUUCCCUGAAGACAUUGGCUACUUUCAGUAGUGUAAUGCACCCUGACACACUGCAUAAAUUGUAUAAGAAUAGUUUGAGGAACAUGACAAAGAGUUCAGUGUGUUGUCUUGGCCUCCAAAUUCCUCACAUCUCAAUCCUAUUGAGCAUCUGUGUGAUAUGGGGGAACAACAAAUCCGAUCAAUUGAUCUUAUCUUGCAACUUGCCGGACUUAUAGGAUCUGCUGCUAAUGUCUUGGUGCCAGAUACCACAGGACAUGUUCAGAGGUCUUCUUGAUUCCAUGCCUAGAUGCAAAAGAGCUGCUUUGGCAGCACGAGAGAGACCUAUACACUAUAUUAGGCAAGAGGUUUUAAGGUUAUGGCUGUUUUAAAAAAAAAAAAAAUGUAUGUUUUGUUUCCUUCAAGAGAAGGACUUUGUAUGUGAUGAGUUUAAAUGCUGUGUUGUUAUAACAAAUGUAUUUAAUUAUUUAUAUCUGCUUUACUAAUAUUUAUUUUUCUUCUUCGUUGGACGCUGAUUAGCGUUAGCACCUUAGUCAUGCUCAGGUGAUGGGCUGCUGUGAAGCAGAGUGCAUUUACCUUUGUCCUGAUCAGAUUCUAGGCUGCUGUAGAUGUAUAACAGGGUUUAGCUUAUCAAAGCCAGUCGAAUAAACAGACAUUAUCAUAGGUGGAAAAAAAAAGUUGUUGUUUAGCCUUUAUUUUUAUUAAUAAUUUACAGCUGUGAAAUGCUAAAUAUUAAGUUCAUGCUGUUUUUAUGUCACAUAUUUGCAGGUUAUUCUGUAUACUCUGUUAAGUCAGCAGAGAAGAGAAGAUCCUGAAGCUGGCUUAUUGCUAUAUUUAAAAACUGGAACUAUGUACUCCGUACCUGGAAACCAUCUUGACAGGAGAGGUAAACUACAAUUUUGAAAAUGGCUUUUUAAAGCAUGGUUUUUCAACAUGUCAGUGUUUUUUUGAUGGAAGGGAUUACCAGACGUGAUAUGGAUAUGUAUAAACAUAUAAUAUACACACAUUCUACAAGAUGCUGUCAUGGUUCAGAUUGUGCUAGAUUUGUUACUAGUUAAUAUUUUAAACACAUUUUCCUUAUUUUUUGUGUGCAGUUUUUCAUCUAGUGAUGAUUUCAAUUUAGAACUUCUAAAUCUGCCACUAGGUGUCACUAAAGUAAUGUGCAAUGUCUAAGACUGAAUCAUCAAACUCUCUAAGCACCAUCAAGCUAGGAGAGUAAUGAUAGAGUGUGAGGGCCUAGAACAGUUUAGCAAAACUGAAAAUGGGUUGACUGAAAACAGGGGAAGCCCCUAAAGACUCCUAAGGACCAUCAUCACUUAAAAAAGCUGAAGUGGUUGUGGUGCUUAGUUUGCCUGUAUAGGUUGAAACAUGAAAUGUAAGAAGCAGUGUUUGAACACAGAUUUGAUGUGUUAAGAUAGUAUUAAAGGACCACUCUAGGCACUCAGACCACUUCAGCUUAAUGAAGUGGUCUGGGUGCCAGGAUCCUCUAGGAUUAACCCUUUUUUUAGUAAACAUAGCAGUUUCAGAGAAACUGCUAUGUUUAUAAUAGGGUUAAUCCAGCCUCCAAAUCCUCUAGUGGCUGUCUCAUUGACAGCCGCUAGAGGCGCUUGCGUGAUUCUCACUGUGAAAAUCAAAGUGAGAACACGCAAGCGUCCAUAAGAAAGCAUUAUGAAUGCUUUCCUAUGAGACCGGCUGACUGCGCACGCAGCUCUUGUCGCGCAUGCGCAUUCAGCCGAAAGGGAGGAGAGGAGGAGGAGAGCUCCCCGCCCGGCGCUGGAAAAAAGGUAAGUUUUAACCCCUUCCUCUCCCCAGAGCUGGGCGGGAGGGGGACCCUGAGGGUGGGGGCACCAUCAGGGCACUAUAGUGUCAGUAAAACAAGUAUGUUUUCCUGGCACUAUAGUGGUCCUUUAAAGCUUCUGUGUUAUUUUGGUUUGUUUUCUACAUUUAGAAACUAACAGGGUUAUCCACUAACGUUAGAAUUCUAAAUUAAUUCAAUGCAGUUUCAGGUUUAAGGACCAUGUAGUGGAAAUGCAAAUGCUUCCAAUUAAUCUCUUCUGGCCAUAGAUUUGAAAUUCACUGUGAAUUCUCACUUUAGUGAAUAACUCUGCUAAUAUAUUUAGAUCUUUUUUUAUUUUAAGCAGUGUGAUGAUAUAUUUUGAGAUGUGGAAGUUAUUGGUUGUCUGCUGAGCUCUUUAGCAAGUUGAAUAUUUGGGAAGGAAUCUGGCCAAUUUAAAGCAGAACUAUACCCUCAACAGAAUUAAAUUAUACUUGCCUAUAUUAUUCUUUCCUAUUCUGAGUGCCAUAAUAUUGCUUCGGAAGUAUUCAUGCUCACUCAGUCUUUUAUCUAGAAUUGCUAUACAAGUACAUGUGCAAUUGUUCCUUUGGACAUUAUAAUUUAGGUCGGCCAUUAACUAAACAAUUAUUCGAAAAUAAAGUUAAUACUUACCUGCAAUCUAGGGGGAAGUGAAGAUCCCAGCUCCGCCUGCCCCGCUUCUUUGUGUCAUCAGAACAGCGACACGAGGUCCAAUCUAAGAGAAGCCUGUGAUUGACCAUUUCGACAGCUCAGAGCACAUGCACACGCUCUGAGCCUGUGAGUGAAUAGGGAGAAUGGAGGGAGGAUUUAAAAAAAAAUGUAAAAAAAUUUUUUGGCAAUAGAGGGAGGCGGGGAGCUCACAGUGAUGGGAGGGAUGAGAAUGCAAUGACAAUAAAAGUAAAAUACGUGCAAAAUUUACAUAAAGUGGCUCUAAACUAAUUUCUGGGCUACGUAAGAUUCGUUUUCCUGACACUAUAGUGCCCUGAGGCAGUGGUAUAUUUUGGAUAUGUGCUGCCCUAGGCACGACUAAAUUUGGGCACCUUCAAAAUCUAAAUUCGACCCCCCCCAAUUCGUGUCAAGGCCACUUUUUGACACAUACACUGAUAUACACUCACUGACAGAUACAGUCAUUGGCACACACAUACAGUCACAAGCACACACUGUUUAACCAACACACACUUUCACUGACACACACACACACUGACACACCCACUCACUGACAGGCACACACUCUCAGAUACACAUAAAAUGACAUACACACACUUUCACUCACUCACUCACUGACACACACUGACAGCUAUACUCACUCACUCACAGUAAGGUGGACAGCCCCAGAACACAAGGCAAGCGAGGCAUUUGUCUGGGAGCCUGGGGUGGCCUUUUUUGGUGCCCUCCCCCCCCGAAAGUGCCGCCCUAGGCAAAUGCCUUGUUUGUCUUGUGGUUAAUACAUCCCUGCCACUUACCUUAAUUCAGCGCCUGGUUCCCUCGGCGCUGGUGACCUCUCCUCCCUGUCAGACGUCAGCUCCCCUGUCAAAUGUCACUGGAGCCGAAUACGCAUGCGCGGCAAGUGCCGGGCGCACAUUCAAAGUGUCCAUAGGAAAGCAUUUCUCAAUGCGAAAUUCGCCUCUAGCAUCGCAGGUGCGCCUCUGGUGGCUGUCCGGAAGACAGCCACUAGAGGCUGGAUUAACCCCAAAUGUAAAUAUAGCAGUUUCUCUGAAACUGUUAUAUUUACAUGUGAAGGGAUAAAACCUGAGGGACCUGGCACCCAGACAACUUCAUUGAACUGAAGUGGUCUAGGUGACUAUAGUGUCCCUUUAAUGACACAUUUUUAGUGUAUAGAUCAUGCCUCCCAAUUACUGCUCAAUUCACUGCCAUUUAGGAGUAAAAUCGCUGCUUGAUUAAGCUAAAGUUGUUUUGGUGACUAUAGUGUUCCUUUAAUGGUGCAAGGAUGUCCACUGGCUCUUCCCCCUUUAUACCUUACAUUAGAGGAAGAAGUUAUACUUUUCUUUUGCUUUUACAAGGCUUUGUAUAGUAACAUCGUUGACGUCUCUACCACCCCCCAAGUGACUGUGGCCAUGCAUUGAUGGCAACUGGGACAAAUCGUGAGCAUAGCCCCAUUCACUAAACCAAUGAAUGAUGCUCUCAUUAAACUGAUAUCCACUAUCUCUGUACUGAAUUAGAAAUAGUCACUUCAUGAUAUUGAAAAGAAAGCAAUUUAUUAUUUUUUUAUUUAUUUUUUAUUUUUUAGAGCUCUUGAAAAUCCGGAAUGGUUUAUCUUUUUACUUGACCAAGAUCGUGCAAAAAUCAGAAUCAAAAAACGUAAACCGAGAAAUUAAACUUUCCUCACUGCCACCAGUAAUUGCUGAUAAGCAAGCCUGUAGGUUUUGUUCUCAAAUGCAGAAUUGUGCUCUUUACAACAGGUAAAUGUAAUCGAACACUCUCUGUCUACCAGUUCACUGCGUGUGCUUCAGUAGCCAAGGUAGCAACCAAAACCUGUUAUAUAGACUAGGGAUCAACAGAUUAUCGGUCUGGCCGAUAUUCUGUAUUUUUAUAGGCAUUCUCAAUUUACCUUAAUACAAAAAAGAUUAGCAAAAAAAUAAUUAAUAAACUUGUUCAGUUAACAGCAGAUUUGUGUAGGAAUAGUUUGUUUUAAAAUGGUAAAUUUACAGAAUAUUGGUAAGUUAUCGGCUAUCGGCCUGAAAGUUCACAUAUUAUCGGUACCUGUUCUAAAAAAAAUCAAUAUCGGUCGAUCCUUAAUGUAGACCUACAAAAUCCAAUAUACACACUCACUAAAUACCAACUUCAAUGUUCACAAAAAGGUGUGGGUUUGAAAAAAAAAUAAUUAUUUAUUUAUUUAAAAAAAAAAAAACAACACAUAACUGAGGCAAAAAUAAUGAGCGUUUAGUUAAAGUAUACGAUCAUACCUUGCAUAAGCCUGCUACAAUGCCAAUGUACCCCAUUCUUUGCAGGUCCUGUCCUAGCAACCUAAUGUCUGCUCUUAUAAAAUGAAUCCACUUAUUGUUUUAUUAUUUAUAUAGCGCCAUCAGAUUCCGUAGCGCUGUACAAAGGGUGGACUAACAGACAUUUAAUUGUAACCAGACAACUGGACGUACAGGAACAGAGAGGUGGAGGGCCCUGCUCAAUGGGCUUACAUGCUAGAGGGAGUGAGGUAUAGUGACACAAAGGGUAAAAGUAAGGGUAUGAAGUAAGUUGUUAAAAGAAAAUAUACGCUAUAGGGCUUAGUAGGUAAUAUUUGACAGUUGCAAGAGAGGAGUGAGUUUUCAAUGAUUUUUUGAAUGAGUGGAGACUGGGUGAAAGUCUUAUGGAGGAGGGAAGGGAGUUCCACAGAAGAGGUGCAGCCCUGGAAAAGUCUUGGAGGUGAGCGUUAGAGGUGGGAGUACGUACAGAGGAUAUACGUAGGUCUUUGGUAGAGCGUAGGGGCCUCGAUGGGACACUUAUUGGGGAAAUGCUUCCUCCUGGGACUCUCUGCAGUGCAGGUAGGGUGCAAAACCAGGGAGUUGGCCUGGACUCCCAAAUAUAUAUGAAACCAAGAAAUUGUGUUUUUUUUGUUUUUUUAAAACACUUCACCUAGGCAAAGAUAAUGGGGGAUUAGUUACAGUAUAUGAUCAUACAUUGCAUAAGCCUGCCACAACACCAAUGUACCCCAUUCUUGGCAAGUCUUAUCCUAGCAACCUAAUACCUGCUAGUGUAUGUAUGUGUGUGUAUGUAUGUAUGUAUCUAUAUAUGUGUAUCUAUGUGUGGGAGGGGGGUUGUAGAUUGUAAAAUUGCACAUAUCAUUUUGAUUAUUAUUUUUUUCUUUCCUUCUGAUUCCCAUAGAUCAGUAGAACAACAAAGUGAGAGCUGCUAUAUCCCUCCUGAAAUGAUUCCGGUUAUUGAAAAGGAGACUGAACACUUGAAAGAAUCACAUUUCCAGUACUUCAGUCUCUGGUACUUGAUGUGUUCUUUAGAGGCCCAAUUAAAGGACUCCAAAAUGGGUCGCAGUAAUAUCUGGAUGAUGUCUUCCUCUGAAAGGUAAAUGAGAAAUACAACAGAACCUCCAGGACAUUGUUCUGUUAAAACUAACCAGAACAAAAUAAUAUUUCCCCAUCAAUAUUUUUGAUUUAUUUUCAAUGUCUUGUUUUGUUUUUGUUUUGUUUUUAGCCAACAAUAGAACAAGCAAAAUUGCUUGGAGUGUAAAAUGCAGUCAAGAGGAAAAAAAAUAAAAAUAAAAUUUAUUUGGGGAAGGAAAAGCAGCCCUGCUAUAAAAUAUACUCCAAAAGCACUGAGAGGAAUGGGGGGGGGGAGGGGGAUGGGGGUUAAGUUGGAGAUUGAUUUGGUUCUUUUUUCUGUUCUCUCUCCAGUGGGUUGUGAACUCAUCAUAUUGCAUUUCUGAAUUGUGCAUAUUAAUCAGACCGUCGUGAAUUUUUUAAAUUAUUAUUUACAAAGGGCAAAUCAAUAGUGCAGACUUGUUUUUCCUCUUGCAAUAUGCUCAAAAUCUGCAAAACCGUCUUGCUUUUGCACUCUCUCUUUUCUUCCUGUAUGCCAAUUUUCUCAUCUUGCACUUACUUGUUUCUCAGUCCACACAUUGUACAGCGCAGCAGAAUUUGUUGUUUAUUUAUAAAUAAUAAUUACAUUCUUCUCAGCAAGAGUUUAACAUCUCAUCAGGAACUGUACUGCAGAUCCAGUAUUAGAGGGAAACAACUACCUCCCAGGAUUUUUGAUAUAUGUUUACUAACCCCUUCUAUUUAACAGAUAUGUUUUUGACAUUUGAGAAAAGCAAAACAUUUUAAUGAAAAAAAAUCACACUGCUGUAUUUACUUCUAACCUUAAACUGAACUCCUCCUUAUUAGCAUCCUGUCAGUCGUCCGUUAUAAGCUCUGUCCUUUGCAUUUGUCAGUCAACAUAGCGAUAGGAGGAAAAAUAGAUUUCUGUUUGACCUCCUCUAUUGCAAUGAGUGCCCUGCCUCUGCCUGGAUUAAACUGGAAUAUGAUACCAGUUGCUAAUUAUUUAAUAUACAUUUAAGCGAAUGCAGAGUAUUACAUGGAAAAAAGAUUAAGACACGUUAUAGGUACUUUUCAAUAUUUAGUCGUUGACAGGUGCAUUGCAUCCUUGAUACUACUAAACCCUUCACAAUCUUGUAACUUUUUUUUUUUUUUUUUUUCUUGAUCUGUCUUGUUUAUUUUAGAGAAGAAGAUGGGCAGUGUGUUGGAAAUCUCUUAAGAACAGCGGCUGUUGAAGCCAUCUCUGAAAGUCAAUAUUUACAUUGCUUUCAGCGCAUAAGUGGUGACAUCCCAGGAACAAACUUGAUGUCGGGGGACAGAGUUGUAGUGAGUGGAGAGGAAAGUCACUUACUUGCCCUGUGUACUGGCUAUAUCAAAGACGUGAGCACCAAAAGCAUCACAUGCAUUCUGGACAGGUAGUGUUAUUAUCAAGUUCAGUUGUCAAUUUUGCAAAGCCAUACAUUAAUGGAAAAUGGCUUUAAUGUGCUCUUCCACACCUUCUAAUGCUGAUUAUUUAAUGAAGGUGUGUGUCUGUGUCUAACCGGGUUCAAAAUUCCCAUUGAUCCCUAGCCAAUGGCAUGUGAAAAUCUUGCACUGGAAAGUGACAUGGACUUGGCUUGAAUUACAAUACUGAAUACUGGAUCGCAGUCAAUUUUUUAUUUCAUUUUGAUCCGCUUCGUAGUGGCUUUUGUAUACAUUUUUUUUUUUUUUUUUUAUAAGGACUGCAAAUACAUGAUACAAUAACAAAUCAUUUAUAAUAUGCAUUUAUUCUUGUGUGUAAUUUGUAUGUAUUAUUUGUGCCACGUAUGCUGUAUGUCUGUAGAAUUUGUGCAGCAUGUAAUUUUAUGUAGGUUAUAUGUUGCAUAAAGCCUGUAGAAUGUGUGUAUUGUAUAGUAUUUCCAUUCGUUGUAGAUAGGUAACUGCGUAUUAGGAACAUGUGAACGCACAUACACUUGCUUGUGAAUGUAAUAGAUUUCGUGAAUGUAAUAGAUUUUGGUAUAUCGUUUUACAUGCUCAUUUAAACAAUGUUUUAUUACUAAAGGAGUCUUGCCAAGCUACCUGAAAAUACAGUAUUUAGACUGGAUCAUGAAGAAGGGGGAGGAGGCUUGGAUUCGCACCUUGGGAAUCUGUCGAAAUUAAUGGAAAAUUCUGCCUCAAGGUGUGUGUUUUUUUUUUUGGUUUUUUUUUAUGUACUAUUUUUCAGGUAUUCUAACACCUAGUGUUCUUACAAUGUGCAUCUUACUUGUAUUGUGACAGGAAGCUAUCUUACUCUGUACUUGUGGAGAAAUGUGUCAUUUUGUUGCUUUCUGGUAGCUGUCUUGAGCUGAUUUAAUAAUUGAUUAAAGAUUAGAAUUCAUCCUUUUAGGUGCUGGGGAAAACAAAAUAUGGUAGCUGCAUUAGUAUGUUUUUAUUUGUUUUAUAAGUCUAAGCUGAACAGGAAAUGCUCUCUAUAAGUAGGGCCUUGGAAUAUUGUUCACUCUAUUAUCUUGUGAAUAAAAUCUCACUAAUGAAAAAACUGACAGAAACAAAUAAUCUAUAUUUAGAUAAUGUAGUUAAACAAAUAAGGUUACCUUUACAGAUCUCCUUGAUGCAUCUUCAUUAAUCAAGAAUAAACUUAUAUCCUAUAAACCUCUGCACUUCAGAUACUUUUAGUAUAAGUAGUUAAUCCCCAGGAUCAGUUCCACUCGUUACAUAGUAUCGUUACAUAGGAUGAGCACAACUGUUCGGAAACCUAAAACUACUAUGCCAAGUUUACUUAUAGCCAGCUUUGUUGUUUAUGAUAAAUUGUUAUUGGAGUCGUGGUCUGCAACUCAUCUGUCCUGGAAGGAAAGAACCCAGACAGUGCACAUGGAAUGUAGAUGCUCCAUGGGCAAACAUGAAUGACAUGGCCAGUUCUGAAAUAAGGUUUUCAUAUGGCUAAUUGACAGAAGCCAGAGAGGCCGUUACACUCUGGUGGUUGCAAGAUUUGAACUUUUCUCCCAGUGUUUUACUCAGAAACACCACACUCACAGGUUCUUUGCUCAUAAGAUUCAGUGGGUUUAAGUGGUUAUAAUGCUUAGAGUAACUCUUUAAUUUCUAUUAGGAAAGCCAUGCACAUAUGGUACCAUGAUAUUUCUUGUUGCUUGAUUCUCCAUCUCAUUUUUAUUUAAUAGUUUUAUUUUUUAUUAUCUGUUGUAGUGCGAAACUGAGAGAUUUGAUCAUUGAUUUUCGCAAUCCUUGCUUCGUUCAGCAUUUAAGCUCCAUUCUUCCUCACAAUGCGAAGGACACAGUUGCUAAUAUUUUGAAAGGUAUGUGUUAUAUUUCCAGUUUCUUAAGUUAUGUAAGUGGAAAGUGUAAGUACAUUAUUUAAAGCAGGGCUUGACAAAUUUGCUUGGAAUCUAGGAGUCAGCUAAAACAAGUUAGGAGUCAUUUUUUUUUUGAUUUUUUUUUUUGGUUGGUUUAUUUAUUUAUUUUUUUAAACUAGCAAAGUUUAAUUUACAAUGAGAAAUAUACAAUUCUUAAAGAGACCCUAUAGUCACCAGAACCACUACAGCUUAAUGUAGUUGCUCUGGUGCCUCAAGCCUGUCCCUGUAGUCUUUUCAAUGUAAACGCUAGAUUUUCAGAGAAAAGGCAGUGUUUACAUUGCUGCCUAGUAACACCUCUAGUGACAGUCACUCAGACUGCCACUAGAGAGUUAAUAUUUACAAAGGGCUAAUCAACCUUUGUUCAUCUCCACACUCUGCAUGAAAGUGCUGAAUGUUACUCAUAGAGAACAUGCGCAAUAUCCUCCCAAUGCUUUUCUGUGGGAAAGCAUUGGCUUAGCGGAGAUCAUAAAGAUUGGCAGGACAAGCUGCGGCAAAACCUGCACGGCGUGGGGAAAAUGGUGAGUAAAAACACCUCUCUCGUGAUCGGAGGGGGGCAGGUACCUAAACAGACACACACUCUCUGACACAGACACACACAAACACUCUGACACACACAUUUUCUCACACACAAACAGUGACAUAAAUACACACACACUGACAUACACAUACUUUCUCUAACACUCACACAUUAACAUUUUUAAUUAUAUUCCACCCAGCCUCCCUACCUUUGGGAGAGCUGAGUGAAUCUUUCACUGGCGUCCAGUGGGGCUGCUCUUCCUGUGUGCGAGGGAGCAGUAAUCUACCUGUGGCUCCUCUUUGCUCCCUGUAGUGAUGCCGGGGUCUGAAUGACGUCAUUUUCCGGCUCCUGAUAUCACUAUACAGCAAGAGGGAGCAGAGAGGAGCCACAGGAGCCUCGCGCCUUGCCCCUUACUGCUGCCCCCAUGCUCCCCAGGGCGGUCGGCUACAUGCUCCCUGAACCGGUCGCCCCCAUUCUCCCCAGGGCGGUCAGCUACAUGCUUUCUGAGCCGGCCCCUCCCCCCCAUUCUCCCAAGGGCGGUCGGCUACAUGCUCUCUGAGCCGGCCGCCCCCCCCCCAUUCUCCCCAGGGCCGUCAGCUAUAUGCUCUCUGAGCCGACCGCCCCCCCCAUUCUCCCCAGGGCCGUCAGCUACAUGCUCUCUGAGCCGGCCGUCAGCUACAUGCUCUCUGAGCCGGCUGCCCCCUUAUUCUCCCCAGGGCCGUCAGCUACAUGCCCUCUGAGCCGACCGCCCCCUUAUUCUCCCCAGGGCGGUCAGCUACAUGCUCUCUGAGCCGACAGCCUCCUUAUUCUCCCCAGGGCGGUCAGCUACAUGCUCUCUGAGCCGGCCGCCCCCUUAUUCUCCCCAGUGCGGUCAGUUACAUGCUCUCUGAGCCGGCUGCCCCCCCAUUCUCUCAGGGCGGUCAGCUACUUGCUCUCUGAGCCGGCCACCCCCUUAUUCUCCCCAGGGCGGUCAGCUGCAUGUUCCCUGAGCCGCCACUUCCAUUAGCUUAACCCCUUAAGGACCAAGCUUCUGGAAUAAAAGGGAAUCAUGACAUGUCACACAUGUCAUGUGUCCUUAAGGGGUUAAAGGGCUGCUAAUCCCAGGCACCAGGGCCAAAUUUCUAGUCGCCAUGGCAUCCUGGCGCCUGGGAUUUGCCGAACCCUGAUUUAAAGGGUUCCUUUAAAGCACAACACCCACUUCAGUUUAUAGUAGCUGUUUUGAUGUCAGAAAGCUGGUCGUGGAAACUUAAAAAGAAAAACGUAAAUGGCUCAGUGUGGAAGCUGGACUCCCCCAGGACUGCCAAGAGAUACAUUUGAAAAUCAUAAUCGGGUUUAAAGGGUAAGUUUCCAAGGGCAGUGUCCUUACAGCACAACCUCUACAAUUAACUGAAUGGAUUGGUGCUUGGAGUAUCUUUCUUAAGCAAAUAAUUAAGCAUUAUUUUUUAAUGAGAUAUUCAUUCACAUUAUAUGUUCUCUCCAUCUCAGACAAUGUUGCUGUACUGCUGGCUUUGUGGGUGUUACACUAAUAUAACACAAACCUCUGGCAUCUUCUACCUGAAUGUGAUAUAGCCGUAAUAUACAAUCUGUCAAUGAGAUUUUCUUAUUGCAGGCCUCAACAAGCCACAGAAACAAGCAAUGAAACGUGUGCUGCUGUCUAAAGAUUACACUCUUAUUGUUGGCAUGCCUGGGACAGGAAAAACUACUACAAUUUGCACUUUAGUAAGUUGAUUAAAAUUUCUACCUGUCAAUAUGUUUUCCAUGUGCACUUCAGCAUGGUUUGGUCCUUUUUUGUUUUUUGCCUUUGCAAAGUUAAUUCUUUAAGGACGUUAGGGUAUGUUGUUACUUCCAACCUAUAAUGGGCUUUAAAGCAUUUUGGACAUAAUGACACGUCCUGCAUAUUUGGUGUGAGCAGGGUUAAAUCCUUGCUCACACCUGGGAGUCCCAGGUCAAUUUACAGUUGCAAAAAAACAUGAGAAAAAAUACAAACGGUGUGAAAUUGACAUUAAGUUUCUGCAACAAUGAGCAUUUUGCAUACUUUGUUCGAUUUUUUUUUUUUUAUUUAUUAUUUUUUUAUUGUCACAAAUGGAAAGAACAAGGAGAACGUAUAUAUAAAUAAAAAAAAAAAAAAAAUAUUUAAAGGUACCAGUUGCAUAAUGGUUACAUGAAGUGACAAAAAGAUUAAUCACAGGUAUAUUUAAAUGUAAGGGAGUACGCAAUGCUCUUGGUGUUCAUAAACUCCAGUGUGGAAUAUUCGUUCCCUGUGUGAAUCAUAUGUGGAUCUUCCCGAAGAGACAGACCCCGGUGGGCGUGCAUCUUUUUAAGGAAAUUUCUAUCAUAGAUUGGUGAUUUCAUUUGGAAUGUGCCAGCAUAGAUGACUAGUGCCCUGGUGCUUUGAAUGCUAGCUGGUGGAUAACUGAACAUAUCUAAUCAUCAUCAAAAUAAUUUACCAGAAUGUCCCUUUUUAGUUGCAUUAAAUAUUGAUUUUAUGGAACUACCAUUGAAGAAUGUAUUUAUUGUUUUAAACUUUUCUACAAUUAAAUUGUUACUUUCUUUUGUGUUUAGGUCCGAAUUCUGUACGCCUGUGGCUUUAGUGUGUUGCUGACCAGUUACACACACUCGGCAGUGGAUAAUAUUUUGCUAAAAUUAAAAAAGUUCCAGGUGGGCUUUUUGCGACUGGGUCGUACACAGAAGAUUCACCCAGAAAUUCAGAGGUUUGGUGAAGAAGAAAUCUGCAGAGCCAAGUCCAUUAUAUCUUUAAGCAGUUUACAAGAACUAUAUGACAGUCGGGUAUGUUGUUCAACUUACGAGCUACUUUAUGGCUCACUAUUCUAAUAAAUAAUGUUGCACAUAUAGUGCUACAUACAACAAUACAAUGAUGAACUUCAUUUUGAGCAGUUCUGAUCUAGAUGGUAAGCAUCUGAUGGAAUGACAUUGUUACAUACUUAUUUAGGCUAAAAAGAGACAUGUGCCCAUCAAGUUCAGACUUUCUCACAUCAGUUUUUGCUGUUGAUCCAAAAGAAGGCAAAAACUUAGUUUGAAAUGCUUUACAAUUUUGCAACAAACUAGACAAACAUUCCUUCUUGUCAGAUCUCUCCUUGGAUUGAGAGCUGUAACCCCCACAAAUUAAAAAUAUUCCUGAAUAUUAUGUUUUAGCAUGUAUUCACCCAGUUGCUCUUUAAACAUCUGUACAGACUCUGAUAAAACUACUUCUUCAGGCAUCGAAUUCCAAAUUUAUCUUCAUUAAAUUUAAUCUGCCAUGUGACUGCCCAAUCUGUUUAAAUCCCUCUGCAGAGAAGUAAUAUCUCGCUCACAUUGUAUUACUUUGCAGAGUUUUUUGUCAUCUGCAAACACUGCUAUAAUUCCUAUUUCAAGAUCAUAUAAUAUUUUCAAUAUGUUGAAUAGAAGGGGUCCCAGAACAGAACCCUGAGGGACACCACCUACCACUUAUGCCCAUCUUGAAAAUUUACCAUUAAUGACAACUCUCUGUACUUUAUCUUUAAGCCAAUGUUCUAGUUCAUCUAGUGUUUUUUUUUUAGUUUGGACACUAAAACGUAUUUGUUUGAGAUUUUUUUUUAACUAAUGCAAUUUUGUUUUGUUUUAAGCCUGUGGUUGCGACAACCUGUAUGGGUGUGAACCAUCCAAUCUUUACCCGAAGACGAUUUGAUUUCUGCAUUGUGGAUGAAGCAUCUCAGAUUAGUCAGCCAAUAUGCUUAGGCCCCUUAUUCUUUGCAGACAGAUUUGUCCUAGUGGGAGACCAUCAACAGCUGCCCCCACUGGUCCAGAGCUCAGAGGCAAGGUGAGAACAUAAGCAAACCUUGUUAGUGUUUCAGUAGCAGAUUUUCAUAAUUCAACAUUUCUGUUCUAUCUUAGGUGGAAGGUGUUCGAUUUUUUUAAUGUAAAAUUUAGUAACACUACUACGGAACUGAUUACAAUAUAAAUGCAUUAUAAAUCUCUAGUAUUUUCACUCAUCAUCCAACUUGGUGGUUCUUAAAAAGUUUGCUGUAAGGCAGAAGAAAUGUGUUAUGUGUUAUGUUAGCUGUAUUAUUUGUGUUAUAUUUAGUCUCAAUACAUUUUCUUGAACAGAGGUCGCACCAAAUGAAUGCAGGGCAUAACACCUUUUUUUGUAGACAAGCAUUUAAUCAGAACAGUAUUAUUGUAAAGAAAAUCCUAGAGAGGACAUGGAACUGCACUUACUGUAACAGUUUGUUUUAGCUCCCCCUAUUGUUUAGUCUGCUAAACACAUGCAGAAUUAUACAAAGAAUAGUUUUGCUACUCUAACAUAGACAGAUUUUGGAACACUGUGCCGAACACUUUAUUCCUGAGGCCUCGAUCACACUGUAUGAAUUGUAGUCAAUCUCUCUUUCCCUAUCCCUCUGCAUUAAUUCAAGAUGACAGCUGUGGUGCAUGGCUUCGUUGAAGAAAAAUUUUUCUUGUUCUGAGAGUGGAAGUCUGGCUUGUCUUUUUUUCAUAGUUGAAAACAGUUCUCAUGUUCUCUUCUUGGGGGAAUAAAAUCCCUGUGAGACUCCAAGUUUGUUUAAGAAAACUGAGAGAACAGCAUUAAAUUACAAUAAUCUGUGUUUAAGGUAAAUUAAGUCUGCCAUAUGGACGAGAUGCAAAAUGCAAUUUUCUGGAUGAGUGUUCCUAGUGCUCAGUCUGUGCUCUCUCUGGUUGGAGAACUCUGAGAAGAUUGACAUCAAGGCUGGAGAAAGAAAACUAUUUUUAAUCUUGCUGUGUGUAAAUCAGAAACCAUAAAACACUUUAUUUUGGACAGGGAGUUCAAGAAAUUUCCUGAUCCAAAAAAGUAAUUUUGUAAAUGUAAUCUGUUUUAGAUUAGUUGCACCUAUUAAACAUCCAUGAAACAGACACUGACUGUUGAAGCUGAACUGCUGUCUACAAGCCACAAAAUGUGUUGCCACUAUGGGAAAUAAAUGUUAAGUGCAGUAUAUUUUUACAAAGGGAGGAUUGUAGGGAAUUCCAAGUGAAAUCGAAAUGUAAGGUCAAAGUAACCAAGCUGGAAGCAUAGCCGACUAGGAGAUUUUUUUCCAGUUUGGCUAUUUGGCCGUAGAUUUUAAUUUCCAACAAUUAUUACUUUAGUAAAUAACUCUGUGAGUGUGUGAACAUAUCGGGGGUGCAGACAUUUUGUAAUCUUGGCUUUCUGAGCUGCAGGAUCCGGCGCCCAGUCUUAAAUCAUGUUCACAAUUUAAAUCGUGUUUUGUUGGGGGAAUUGUAGAGGUGGAAUCCUCUUGAAUUUCCCAAGUUUAAGGCCAUGGAAAGGCUAAAAUAGAUUGCAGUAAGCAAUGUUAAAGAUUAAUUAUGGCUGCCAUAUAAGAGAAGAUGUAAAAUGUAAUUUCCUGGCUGAAUAGCUUUUACUCAAAGCCCUUCAGUCUGUGUUCACUGGUUGGAGGACUUUGAAAAGGUUAGCAUCCCAGAUGAGUUUAGAUAAGUGAAGAUAUUUUUCUGUUGGCCAGUUUGUGAAUUGGAAAUCUCUAAAUCACUUAUUUUGGAAAGGAAGUACAGGACGUCUUUACAUCCAAAAUAUAUUAGUUGGGGCUACUAACUGCUGUGAAGCAGGCUCUGAAGUUUUAAACUGAGCUGCUGCACCAGACACCACUUUCAUUUGUAGUUAUUAUCUGGUAGAGAAAUAUUCCUUUUCUGUGCAGUUUAUUUUCACAAUGGGGAAAAUAUAAUCUCAUCAACAUAUGAGAUCCAGCGCACUCACUCAUUCACUAAACAGCAAUUUCAAAGCAAACAUAAUGUAAUAGGUUUCCUUAAAACAAAACAAAACACCUCACCUAAGCAAAAUAAUGUUUAGUUAAGGUAUAUGAUCAACUGUUGCAUAACCCUGCCACAAUCCCAGUGUACCCCAUUCUUGGCAGGCCCACUGAAGUGGUCUGGGUGCCAACUCCCAUCACCCUUAACCCUGCAAGUGUAAUUAUUACAGUUUUUAUAAACCUUGCAGGGUUAAGUCCUCCUCUAGUGACUGUCUACUUCCGGGUCCUUAGAUGACUUUCGGUCAUCUUAACGACGCUGGACAUCCUCGCGCUAUGCACGAGGACCUCUAGCGUCACUGGAAUCCCCAUAGGAAAGCAUUGAAUAAUGCUUUCCUGUGGGGAAAUCCUAAUGCGAGCGUGGCCAUUGUCGCGCAUGCACAUUAGGUCUCCCCGCCAGCUGACGUCGGUAGAGGGGGAGAGUGGAUGGAGCCUGCCCCAGCGCCGAGGGACAUCGAUGCUGGAUUUAGGUAAGUUUCUGAAGGGGGUUUUAACUUCUUCAGCGACAUUGGAUGCGGGGCGUGGGGGUGGGGGGCACUCCGGGAUUCUACAGUUCCAGGAAAACGGGUUUGUUUUCCUGGCACUAGAGAAUCCCUUUAAUCCACUUAUAACACUAAUUAUUAUUAUUUUUCGUUCUAUGUCUGCUGCCUUUUGAGAGGUACACUUCUUUUGGUAAUGUAGGCACACGCUUUUUACCAACCCUGUGCUGAGGUGGUCUUAUAGUAUUGAUUUAUCCAUUUAUAGAUUUAGCUUUCCCCUUGCUGCUGUUGAUCGUAGGAUCAUAUAUUGUUCAGCUGAGGUAGUUUAGAAGGUCCUUUUCUAUUUAUUUACUUGUAUAUACCCUCAUAGUACCUAGUAUAUCAUCCAUCUAUUUUAAUUGGCUAAUUUGUUUAUUACAAUUGGUUGUUAAUCUGUGUACCUCGGCAUUUUAGACAAGUGGUUUGCUCUGUGUCUGUGGUUGUUACGUUUAAAAUGUACUUUCUUGCAGUUUAUUUACCUAUACUAUCUGCUAAUUAUUGAUAGGUGUGGGCUACUUAGAUUUUGGUGACUUAGAUAAUUCUACAUCUGUUUGUUUACGGAUAUUUAAAAGCUGGAUUCAAAGGAGCAGAUUUAUGUUACACGUUCACAGUGUGUAUGUGUUUUGUAUUCAGAUCUGUCACAUUCAAUAAAGUUUAUAUUUGUAUUUACUUUUAGUCUAUUCCCUACCUUCAACUAUUCUAUCUUUCCAUCUAUGGUUAGGGCAUACAGUACUUAAGGUAUAAUACUUUGUAACUGCAACACAAAUUUAAACAAACAGACCCCUUACCUGUUGUAUGAUUGACCUAUUGUCAUUGUCAGGGAACUUGGAAUGAGUGAGAGCUUGUUCAAAAGGCUGGAGAAAAAUCAGGAUGCAGUAGUGGAACUGACAGUGCAAUAUCGCAUGAACAGGUAACUACGUUUAUCAUGGUUGGAACAAAGUUGAAUGCCUUCAAUGUGCCUUAUAUGGAAUAGAAGUAUUCACUAUUGGUUGUAUCCUGUUUAGAAAGAUCAUGGAACUGAGCAAUAAUUUGGUAUAUGAAGGCAGACUCGAGUGUGCAUCCGAACGUGUAGCCACGGCAACCAUUCAACUACCUCAUCUGUCCAGUUUAAAGCUGGAACUGGAGUUUAAAGAGAGUCAGCUAACGACGUGGGUCAAAGAUGUAUUGGAGCCAAGUAAUCCUGUCUGCUUUCUGAACACAGAUAAGGUAUUUGUUAAAUUAGGCUAACUAGGGAUUAUUCAGUAAAAUGUACCCAUAUUUGGAGGAAAACGUCAAGAACCUGUUUUUCUUUAUAAACCUAAAAUAUAUAUACUAUGUUUCCUCCACCCUUACUAGUCAAAAGUUUAUUUAUCCAGCCUGAGCCACGGAUGUAUGUAUGCGAUAUGCACACCCCCUUCACAAAACUGAGUGAUCUCCCUUCAAAGUACAAAGAGACCUUGCCAUGCUUAGCAUCUUAGAUGAGAUAAUAUUGGGCAGGUUCAUGGUGGUUUGCCUACUGGUGAACUCUGUCAAUAAUAUAACAGAGCUGCUGUCUGCUUAUUCAUUAGUACCACUCGUCAGACAAGCUAAAUAAAACUUCUGCUGUGGGGAACUAUUAUCCCAUAAGCCUUACCAAGCAGGUGUUUCUGAUCUCCUAAGACCAGAAUGAGUGGCUUGUGAUCCGCUCUUGGCUGUGAAUUUGCCUAGUAUGUACAUUAAGUGGACACACAUGGGAAUGUUUUCAAAUGAAAAUAUAGAAAUGUAUACAUGUAUUCACUUGGCUAUAAAGUGUUUUUACAUUUUUACUGGACAAUAUUUGUUUUGCCUUAAACAUUUAGUUGUCUCUCAAUGCAAUAAAUCUACAGUGCCAGUCUCAGAAAAAAAUAUUUUAUAUUAGAAACAUCUGCACAUCAGUGAGUGACUUACUGACCUUGAGUUAGUAAUAGUUGAAUAAUCUGCAGAAUAUGUUGAUCUUUAAAAAUGCAAACUUGUAUGCUUUAAAAAUGUAAAAUAAGGGUUUCCCACCCUGUCUCUGCUAUACAUGCUUGUAUUUUCAAGUAUACCAUUUCAUUCUAUAUGGGUCUUCUAAACAUAUACACACUGCUGAUUUGGGAGGUCAAACCUGUUUUUAAUUGUUUCGAAGAGUUUAUGGUUUUAAUUGAAGCUAUAACGGUUGAGCAGAUGUUGAGUUUCAGUUUCUGACUAGGACAUGUUCCUGUAUUAACAGACGAUGAUAUCUUUUAACAUUCCAGAUUCCCGCUCUGGAAACUGUAGAAAAAGGUGGCGUCAGUAACUGGAUUGAAGCUAAGCUGGUGUUCCAUCUUACUUCUCUGUUUCUAAAGGUACACUAGAUGUCUUUUUUUAGAUUCAAAAUAAGUGAAGCUUUCAACUAAAAGGCACUGCAGAUCAUCAUUUAUAAAACAAAGACUUUAGCCUACGUGAAACUGAGAAACAAAGGAAAUCACGGGCGAUUCUCUGAGUUUUCAUAGUGUACGAUCUUCCAGUCUAAAUGGGAUUUAGUCUACGUUUCAGAUUCACUUUACUUUGCCCUGUUUGUGAAUUUAAGUUAGAAAUGAUGUUGUUAAAGGGACACUCCAGGCACCCAGACCACUUCUGCCAAUUGAAGUGGUCUGGGUGCCAACUCCCAUCACCCUUAACCCUGCAACUGUAAUUAUUGCAGUUUUUUAUAAACUGCAAUAAUUACCUUGCAGGGUUAACUCCACCUCUAGUGGCUGUCUGCUAGACAGCCACUAGAGGGCACUUCCUGCUUCAUAGCACAGAAAACCUGUGCUAGAGCGUCGCUGGACAUCCUCACGCUGUGUGAGGACGUCCAGCGUCGCUCAAUUCCCCAUAGGAAAGCAUUGAAAAGCAUUUUCGAUGCUUUCCUAUAGAGAGCUCUAAUGCGCUUGCGCGGCAUUGCCGCUCAUGCGCAUUAGGUCUCCUCAGCCGGCGGGCGGGAUCAGUUAUGCCCGCCGGUUGACGUAAGGAAGAGGAGGAGUGGCGGCGACCCGAAACCACCGCCGAGGGACAUCGGCGGGGGUCUCAGGUAAGUGACUGAGGGGGUUUUCACCCCUUCAGCAACCGGGGAUGGGUGGUGGGAGAGAGAGGGGACCUGCAGUGCCAUGAAAAAGGAUUGUUUUCCUGGCACUGGAGAGUCCCUUUAAAUAGGGCGAUGUUGUUCUAACACAUUGUCUGUAUGCCACUACUCUCUAUGUUUAGGAUUAUAGUACCCUCUAACCUUAUUUUAAGUGUUUCAUUGUUGCCUUUUUAAAAAAAAUUUUUUAAGGGAAGUAUAAUGAUAUAAAAUUUGUGUCAUUAUAUCAUACCUGUAUUUCUCUGGGAAAUGUAAAUCCACAUUUGUAUCAGCGCUUAGUCUACAACUUUGCCAAAUGAUCGCUUUGUUAAUUCAAAACUGUUCCAUUUUUCCUCAAAAAGGCUGGAUGCAAACCUUCGGACAUUGGCAUUAUAGCUCCAUAUCGACAACAAUUAAAAGUAAUUUCUGGUUAUUUAAUAGCACUGUCCUCCAGUGCCGUAGAAGUGAAUACAGUCGACAAGUACCAAGGGAGAGAUAAAAGCAUCAUAAUUUUGUCCUUUGUCAGAAGCAAUAUUGAUGGAAAAGUAAGUUUGCUAUCGUUUGAUAGCUAAUAAAUAACUCAUCCUUCUGAUUUUUGGUAUAUUCACACGAAUCUCUGGUGAUCUUGCUAUGUUCAGAAUGCACGAUAAACAUAAAUCUAGAAGUGUCACAAAAUGCAAUUUAAAUUGAUCAAAUAACCUUUUGUUUUUAUGGUUCUAAUACUAUAUUCUAUUUAUUUUUUCUAAUAACCUUUUGAAAUUAAAUAUUUAUUUACAUAUAUUUUUUGUAAAUUUCAAUAUUUAAAAGAAAAAAAAUAUUUUUUAAAGCUUUAAUUCUUUCUAACCAAUUUUUUUUAAAUUUUUUUUUUUUUUUUGAGUAGCUUGGCGAUUUAUUGAAGGACUGGAGGAGGCUUAAUGUGGCACUUACAAGAGCCAAACACAAGCUGAUCAUGAUAGGCUGUGUGCCAACUCUGUGCCGUUUCUCUUCGCUGGAGAAGUUAAUAACCCAUCUAAAGAGUGAUAAUCUCAUAUCCUUUUUUGAUUUCUAUUAAAGUGCUGCAAAUAUUUAGACAGUUACUAAGUAUAUCAAGUAUUCCAUGUCAAGGAGAAAUGCGAUCUUUGCCAAUUGUUCACACAUUUAAAGAAGGAUAAUGUAAAACGUCUGUAAUUUUGUGUUGAUGGCGAUUAUAUACAUACAUAUACAUUUGUAUAAAACAUUUAAAUCUGCCAACCUCUAUUUUACACACACACUGAGCUAUUCACUAAAGACAGAAUACAUCUGGUAUGGAUUAUACAGAUUAUCCCUGUGAAGGCGUUCAGACCACAAAAUCCAGAUAUUAAGCACAGUAAUUAGCAAUGUCCACAUUUUAGCAAUUCUGACUGCAAAAAUAAAAUUAUUAUAGUCCAGAUUGCAGCCUGUCUGGAACUUCCAAAUAGCUGAAAUCCAGAAUUAUUUAGCAGAAUGCUAAAAUUAAUUUUAACUGGUCUCUUUUUGCCUUUAUAAUCAGUUUAGCUUAAUAUACACAAUUCAUUGUGCAGAUCGACAAAAUUGUUUUCUUCCUUGACUAUAUUAACAUUUUUGAUCUCCCAGAAGCAGCACAUGAACAUUUCACUGUAUGAUUGUUGCAAUCCUCCAAGACUCUUGAAACACUCAGACCACUCAUGAAAUGUUUACGUCGUCAGUAAUGGCUUGUUGCAUUCUUUCACUUGUGUCCUUUGCAACAGAGACUGCUUAAGACGGAAAAAUGAAAUGGUCCACAAUUGUUAUAGACUAAGCCAUGGUUCUUUUUUUUUCUUUGGCUAUAAGCUACACAUUGACGUAAAUUGUUGAUGACUAUGAUAUGUUUAAAUGCGUGUCCAAUAUUAUAGGUGGAAAAACACCAGGACUGACCAAGGUAAAUUCUAUGUGAAUAAUUUAUGUGCACUAAGAUUUGAAACUGCUGUUUGAAUCACAUUUGGGCUCUCUAUGCUGGUCCUUCAGCUACCGUAGGUUUAAUUCCUUGGGAUACUCAGCUAGUCAGAGCAUUAAUUUGCUUGUUUGUUUUUUCCAGAUUAGCCACUCCACAUAG